AUGGGGAUGGAUUUCAGCACUCUUCGGACCCUGAUCAGCAGAUAUGUGAGUUUGAAAUCCCCGCUGAUUCACUCUGUCUGUACCUCUUCUUAUCUGCACAACAUGCCUUCUCACAUAACCCAAAGAUAGAGAGAAAUUGUGAGUUUUCAUCUACUAUCGGUUUCAAAUUCCGCCGAAGCAGCUACUCAUCCGGAUUAAGUUUCACUCCCUGAAGGGAGUGGAGAGAGGGUCAUUGAGAAAUGACUGGGGAAACUGACUGAGACAAGAAAACGCUUUACACUGUUAAUCCAUUUUAAUCUAGCCUUAGUUUGUGCCUACAGGUGUUUAAAUUUCAACAAAACUGGCAGUUAUAAGUGUGAUUUAGCGUAAAAGAAAUAUAGAAAAAUCCCGUUUAAAAUUCAGCGAGUUUUCAAUAUGAUAGCAAAUAUCGGUUAUCAAUCUCACUGUGGGUGUGAAAUUUUAUCACAAAUGAAAAUAGUUGUUCAUAACGCUUAUCGGCGCAGUAUUUAGAUUACAUUUAGCUGUAACUUAUUUUCUAACCAAGCAUGAUAUCAGAGAUUUCUAUCAUUUCCCCAUUACUGAACAUGCUUAAAUAAUACGAUUUUUGAAUGAGGUUUGGCACACAAAAAAUUGUCAAUUAUUGAGGGUCCAAAACAGUGCCUCAUAAAUAAUCUAAAACCUAUCCUUAAAUAAUUUAAUGUUCAACUUGAUGAUAGAUUAUAUAUUUCAAACAUAAUGGUGGGAUAUUGAUAUAAAAAAAGGUAAAUAAUUUUGAGCAGAAUACAUGCAGCAUGUGUAGAGAACUUUUCUACAUAAAAUGCAACAUUUUUGGAUGAGGUUUGGUGGACAGAAUUUUUUAUUAUUAUUAAGACAGUAUUAUUCAAAGGAAAUUCUGUGGCACUUUCUGCUUUACGAGAACAGAUAAGAUUCAUACUGCCAUAAGUAAAAGCGGAGCCAACUAUCAUUGUCACCUGUUGUAAUGCAGCAUUACAACAAAUCCUUCAAAUCACACAAAACUCCAUUUAGAAUUAGGUGAAUGUUCAGUUUAAGAGUGGGUCAUCAAUAUAUAUCUCAGUUGAUCAUUGAAAACCAUUUUUUAUCAGUAAAUUCAUGUUUAAAUUUGCUAUAUUUUAAUCAGACAUUUAAUGGCUUGGCGCGGCAUUACCUGAUUGCAAACUGUGUUAAAGUGUUAUACUUUUGGAUGGCUUUGGUGCAUAAAAUUUGUCGUUAUCUUGAGUCUUUAAAGUCUUGUUGUGCAUCUCCAUAGACAAACAGAGUGGGGUUAUCUCUCAUCAUCACCUGUCGUAAAACAAUUUUGCAAAGUAGGCCAAGUAUUAAUGCGUUACAGACACUGGCAGUUUUGAAUCAUCAGAAAAGUUUGGUGCACAUGUAAAAACGUCAGAUUUUAAAAUGAGGUUUGGUGCACACAAAAUCUGUUGUUUACUUUUUCAAGAACUGCAGCACCUACAGUUUGUUUUUAAGAGGAACAAAUCAAAGCGGGACUGUCAGAGUUGAAGGUGGAGUCACUUAUUAUCACCUGCUGCUAUGCGGUGUACUGGGAAGUAGGUUAAACAUUCAGGCUUGACGGGACAUGCAAAGAUAUGCAGACAGACAACAGUUAUAAAUACUUAUGCCGUAAAACAAAUAUAAAUUUGUGAAACCUCUCUCAUAUGUGCACUUUUUGAGCAUGUUUUUGCUCCACUUCGGCAUGACCUCAUUAAAGUUCCCUCUCAGAUGAUCAGCAGUACAAAUGGAGCCCCAUCACUCCCAUGAAUUAUGUAAUCCAGUUGUUUUCUGCCUGCUUGUUGAAUCGAUGGGCAGCAGAGGAGCGUCCAGCCUGUACAAGCUGCAUUAGGCUCCACGGUAAUGUGUUUGACAAUAAUCCAGACAGUGCAAGCCCCGCUCACAUGAGAGCCAGCGAGGUUUAAACCACGGCUCCACGCUCAGCUGAGGCUUAGACAGCCUCCCAAAAGGCAGAUAACAUUAAACCCCUGCUGCAUGGAGGCUGAAAUGGAGCCUUUGUAGUAAGAAAUGUGUUCAGACAGGCAUGUGAAGGUAGGAUGCGGGACGCUGCUGAGGUCUAAUUGAUCUGGAUAACUGCUUUACACAAAUGGGUUGGGGUUGAAAUUGAUUGUAUUGCUGCUGCAGGAAAACAGGAUGCAAAGAGACGGUCUGCUGAAUACUUAAGAUUAGAGUUAGGAAAAUUCAUCCGUCUGUCUGUGCAGGGCUUUAUGAGAAAUCAGUCGAUGCAUGCAGUCAGAGCUGGAUUCUCUCUCUCAGACCUGAAUCUAGUCAUAUAGUUUUGUUCAUUUUAAAGUCCUCCAUUCGCUUCACUCCGGGGAUAAACUGUUGAGAUAUUCGCCUUUUCUCGUUUCUUUUUGUUUCUAAGACUAAAAUAUUUACAUCAUAAAUUUUAUACAUCUUUAGGAUUAAGAUUUUGGUCUCGAAAUAAAACACCACUUUACUCUCAAGAUUUUGACUUUAUUUAAACCAUUUAGCAACGUCUUAGCUGUGUUGAGGCUAAUUUGCAUUAAAAGGAUUAAAUUCCUGACAUUUGAGUGAUUUUUAUUUGAUUCAAAGUCAUGCAAGACAAUCCCCCUGUAUGCAAAGAGAAAAAACAAUCCUCCUCCAACUCCGAAUUUCUUAGUUGUGGCAAAAUAAAUUCAAAUCGUGUUACUCGUGUUAAAAUCACAGCAAGAAAAGCUUUUGUAAAGUCUGAAAUAUAUGGACACAGAUUGCUAAUUCUGGCUACAGGUAGACGGCAAACUACUCUCUGAUAACGUCUGUUUGCUCUUGUGAACCUCCGGCUGUGCAGAGAGACUGUUUGCAAAGUGCGUCACUGACGAAAGAUGCUGCAAAAAUAUCAAACCUGAAUAGAUGCAAAGUCAAAACCCCUUCAUGUCUCCUCUUUUUGAUUUAUUUACAGUUAUUUGAAGUAAAUAUGCUUGACAUGGUUUCGGGUUUAUAUCCUCGUUUUUACUCUCCCACCAGUUUGUGUUACUUCAAGUACAUUUCAAAGACAGUACUUUUACUUUUUCCAUAGAUAAACAGAAUUGAAGUUUUAUCCUCACAUUAGUAAAGUUGUGUAGUUUAACACCUUGUUAUAAAAGCUGUAUCUUAUACCAGGGACCCAAGUGUCAGACUGAUGGCCAUUUCCAGCCCUCUGCCCUCCUCCUUCUGCCUCAUGUAAUGUGGCCAGCAACAUUUAAUAAAUUUUCCAAUUGUUUCACGUCCACUAAACUACCCUGUCAUAUAUAUUAAGUAUAAGACCCAUAUUUUAUACUCUAGAUAGUUAUAAAUCCAAGAUCUUUAAGUGUUUAAAAGAUAUUAAACUUCAGGGAAUGUGUUUACGGAGAAUGUCAUCAUGAUGAAAACAUAGAUUAGUUUGAUUUUAAGUUAUUUUUCAAGCAAACAAUUCAAACAUAUCCAAAGCUUUAGUCUUGUUUUGUAAUGAAUUUGUAUUCCUAGUUGUAUCAGCGCUGACCUUUAUUACGGUUAAAGAAACUUUAGAUUCACCUUGUCUGAUUUUGACAGCACUCUGUUAAAUUGCACCCGAUCUAAACUCUGACGGAGUUUAGCCGAGGCCACGUUGUUCCUCUUGAAAACCAGUCAGACUGUUGCAGCGUAACCGAGUCGUCUCUCCGGUACCUGUCCUCCUCUGAUGUGGUAAAAAUCCUGAGGAUGUUACACAAUAACUGCCUCUCUGACUGUAACACAGAGCUGAAGUCUCUCUGGCUGUCGGUCCUGUUGGGCUGAGUGACAACAAACUAUGAUCACAGUGAUGUCUCCGAGCUCCGAGAAUCACAGCAGGCUACAUGUUACCCUGAUGUUAAAGACUGUAUGUUUUUUCAGUGAGCUACUGGAACACCUUUUUCAUCACCAUUGAACUGUGGUUUUACGCAAUGUUCGCUUUUCUGAAAGCAGUUCCCCACUUGGAGUCCUUUUUGGAUUAUGCAUGAUUUCACUUAAAAGCUCAGUAAUUUAGUUUUUCUUCUCUUUUCAGUCACCUUGUUUUUUUCUUAUUUGCGACGUAUUUUACAAGUUAUAUAUUUAUGCCUCUGCCCUCAUUUAGUUUCAAUGCCUUCCUCAUGUCUGACCUUUUGAUAUAUUUGUUUGUCUACUUGAAGUGCACACCCACAUCAGUGUAUCAGUGGACAAGAGAGUGUUUGUCCUCAUGCUUUCAGGAUUAAGGACUAACAGGACAUCCUAAAAGAUCUUGAGAUCACUCCACUUUUCCGUGUCAGUGUCGCAUGGACAAAGAAACGUCGACAUGCACAUUAAACUUUAAAAAUAUCUGCAAAGGAUUUCGUAAUAAAACCUCUUCGCAACACAUCAUGGUGGAGCAGCGAAAAGGGGUUUUGCGUUUUGACUAUUCUAGAUCAGUGGUUCUCAAGUCCAGUCCUCGAGGCCCGCUGUCCUUCAUGUUGUAGCUUUAGCUCGUUAUUAAGCCAUGACAGAGCUGAUAACGAGCUGAUCAUUUGAAUCAGAUGUGUUGGAGCAGGGAAACAUCCAAAACAUGCAGGACAGCGGGCCUCGAGGACUGGACUUGAGAGGCAGAAUAGAAAAUUGCAAUCAGCCCCCCUCUUUUUGUUUAUGUCGCCUCAUUUCUUCAGUUUAUUUACAUUUAUUAUCUGUGUUUUCAUAGAAGCAGCCACGCUUUUAGUCUGCACCUGUGAUGGUUUUCUGAUAAACGACAACAAAAGUUAUCUUCAAUCAAACAGGCAUCACCUGAUUACACAGUCACUACUGUCUGAGCAGUAAACUACACAAGAGUGUCAAGUUUCGGCGCUGAAACUCAUCCUUAUCGUCCAUCUUUCGUUAAAGUUUGCACUUGAAUGUAAAUAUAGUUUAGUGCUCUGAAACUUGAAUCAUCUAAUCCUAAUCUGAGUGAUUGCAUAACAGGGAGUUGUAGAUCUGCAGCAGGAAGGAUCUGUUGAUAUCAUGUCAGUGUGUAGGUGGGUUAAGAGCAGCCGGGCGGGCAGCAUUCCUCUGCUGCUGACUAAUCUGGAAUCCAGGACAGGACCUCUCUCUCUCUCUCUCUCUCUCUCUCUCUCUCUCUCUCUCUCUCUCUCUCUCUUUCUCUCUUUAUCUCUCUCUCUCUCUCUUUCUCUCUUUAUCUCUCUCGCUCUCUCUCUCUCUCUCUCUCUGUCUGGCUCUUCCAGCCCUCACCUCCUGGAUUACAGGGUUACUGGUGUUCACUGUACCUUCACCCACUUAAUCCAGUUUGCAGCUAUACUGUCAAAUCCAAGCCAAUCACUGAUCUCCUGCUGCCUAUUUGCCACCUGCUGAUUGGUCCAUAAGUUUCCCUUCUUUUAUUGGAGCGCUCCGUUACUGACCAGCGAUGAGCGUUCAGUCAUUGUUGGAGUCUGUGUGGCUUCAUGCAGGAUGUGAGGGAGGAGGUGGAAUAGAGGAGCAGCAGGUGACGCAGCGGCCAGCGGAUCACAUGAACUCCUCGGCUCCAUCUGCUCGUCAAUAAUUCAUAAUCAGAGCGGCUGAUAAUGUGGUCUGACGUCUGAGCGGUGUUUUAUUGUGGACUCUUCCUUAGCAGGGAGGCACAGCCUGGGGUUUGAGGAUUCUGAAAAGUCCAUGAGAAAAAAAAAAAACACAACAAACAGAAAGUUUUACGUGUUUAACUCUAAUUUUAACGUUUCUCACCUCUAAACUGGUUUAAAAUGAGGUGAUUUUACUUGUAUUUACUUUAUAUCCAAGUAGUAUUUAAUUCUAGAGGUUUUUGUAUGGAGUCCAAAGAGUGCCAAAAAUCAAAAAUAAGAAUUGAUUUAUGUUUUUAAUUUAAUUAUUAUUUUUUUAAAUUUUGACCAAAAACACGGGGCGAAUUUGAAUCCAAGAGUUUAUGUAGAGUCCCAAAAAUCACAAAAUAUCAAUCUAUCAAUUAUUUUAAGGGGAGAGGGAUAAAUUAUUUUAUUAUUUCAUUAUUGUAUACAUUUUGAAGUAAAAAAUACACCUUUAUUUAUAGCAUAUCAUUGUAUAUUUGUCUCCAUACCUUUUUUAUUGAAAAUAAGCUCACAUUCAGUUGUUUGUUCCGCUAAAUUUUUCUACUGUAAGCUGAUAAUUUGUCGACUUUUUUUUUAAUAACUUCAAGCUCAUAAUUUGUAUUUUCUUUCUUUUCCUAUUGAUGUGAAAUUUAUUGACUCUGGUGUAGUUUUUUAAUUUCAUUUUUUAACCCUUUAUUUCUGAUUCUCUUUUUAUCUUCUUCAUUUAUACUUUCCCUGAGAAAUGACCCGUCAAUCAACAGGCUUUGGGCGGGACUUCCCCAAGAUAAACCAAUGAAAUGAUUCUUAAAGAACUGUUUCUUCAUAUUUACAAAUGUUUGAUUUAUUUCACAGUAACUCAGGAUAGGCGUGGUUUUAUUUUGAAGGACGGCGCUUUUGUUGUGAAGGCGUCGUUUCCUCUCAUCCUCCUGAUAAUCAUUGAACACCUGCUGGUCCUCGCUGAGUGGGGGGCUGCAGUUUAGCCUCUUUACCUGAAGGAUUAACCGCCUCUCACUAAACCUCCACAGUGGUCUUAGUGUCGAUUUAAAGCUUCACUUUCUGUCGCAUAACAACAACAAAAAACGUAAUCUGAGCUUCAAAUAACAAUUCCUGACGUAUUUCCUCUCAAAGUGAAAAAGUGGUGUCUGAUUUUCGCUUGUUUUCCUCUUUCUUAUGUCGAAUCUGCUGAUACAUAAACAUACAAAAACUGUGUUGUUGCUCUUUAAGGUGUUUAUCUCCUGCUCACAUUACCUGCUCUGUACCUGCCGCAGACUGUGAGCUCCAUUAAAGCUGGUAUCAGUGGCUGCAGUUACAUUAACAGCCUGUUACAGCCCACUGAGCGGGCAGACAGGUGAUGGAUAGCUCGGGGUUAAUGGUGCGGGGAGGUUUCUAUCCAAAGAGAGACACAGAGACAGUGUUUGAACCCGACUCGUCUUUGUAACUUUUGCUCCGGAGGGAGUUUGGGGAAAGUGCUGAGGGGGGCAGGCACACCUUAAUGUUCACCCCCAUCAGAGGGAGUGAUAGCCGGGCCCACUCAGGGCGGGAACAAACCGUUCCCCACGGCCCUGGUGUCAUGGAGAGAGAAAAGUGGAGGGGGAGCGGACUCACCCUCUUCCUGGAUGCUGACGGUGCACUUUGAUGACGUCAGCAGCCCACCUCUCUUCCAUUUAGCCCGGACGUCUGCCCCCCUCCCUCGUCUCUUUGUUUCACUGGGACAUUAGCUUGGUUUAAACACAGAACUAUUGAUUAUCUAGAGCAGUGGUUCUCAAGUCCAGUCCUCGAGGCCCACUGUCCUGCAGGACAGUCAGAACCACUGAACUAGGUUAUUGGUUUUGUGCUGACCUCUGACUGUUUGUGAAGCAGAAACUCUCUGGUGUUUGGUUGACCUUUAUCCUGUCAGUGCCAAAAAUACCCGCUCUGAUUUGGUGCACCUGGAUGUUCUGAUAGAUGUCGCUAAAUUAUCCUUAAAUACUCUACAGGAGUUUAAUUUUAGUUUGCACCUGUGAGGUGUCAUAAAACGUUUUUGAAGCUUUGAGCAUUUUUUGCCUCAUUGCAUUCACAUUUUUGAUUCCUGUUGCAAAUUGCAGGCUUGAGCAAAUGACUCCGUGAUUCAGUUUGUGCAGCCUCAUGUUGCAUCCUGGCUGAGCUGUUUGCUAGCUGUGAGUUCAUCCUGAUUCUGUGGAAUCAAUGAUAUGACUGGUCACCAGGAAAUCACAGUGGUGAAGUUUAAGUUUUGGGAUCAUUCUCCUGGUUUCUUGACCUUCCUGGAAGGUCGUACGGAUAGGUCAUCAUGAGCAGCAGAAAGGCUUUGUUAAACGUCUCACCCCUGUGUUGAUUCUUGUUUCUUUUCAACCUUUUUUUACCAUCAUGACUUUUUCCUGAAAGUACAGCCUGUGGUUUCAAGGGAUUGUUCAGUAUGAAGUUAGAAGUAUGAGCUGCGGAGUCGUGUCCACAUGGAAAACCAUCGAUUUUUCUGUAACAGUAUCAAUGCACUUUGGCAGCCGACGUGAAGCAGACAACUGUGAUCCUCUAUUAGCGCUCUGUCAGGCUGCCAGAGCAGAGAAACCGAGUGAUACACAAACACUCUAAAAUGUGUCUGAUGGAGCUGAGAUGGCACACUGUCACAUUAGAGAUAAACAGAUGCCUUUUUCUCUUCAGAUAUAAUUAGACUGCGUUUAUUCUUGAAAAUCAGCACUUUGUGAUUGACAGCAGAAAUAUGGAGCUCUAAACCUGAGAACAGCGGCUCUGCAGUUCAGCACUGAAAGUGUUUUUUAAAACGUCCUGAGAGGAUUUGUUGAUGCAGUUAAAGAUGCAGCAUGAGAACAGGUGUAACACGAGGGAGCGGUAUAAUUAAUGGAGCAAAGGUCACAUAGAUGUUUCUCUCCGCUCGGACCAAAGCGGGCCUGGCUAAUUCCUCUAAACCUGCGUGAAGCGUUUUAGCAUUAAUAAAUAAUCAACGCAUUAAUAUUUUAGUGUAAUUGCCCCAAACAAUAGAGGCUGCUGCUAAAUCUGCAAUCCAGAAGCACUUUUUUUACGAGUGUGACCCUCGGGUUGGAGAAAGCUCUAAAUCUGCAGGAGCGAUGUGAGACGCUGUUUCUGUAUCAAGAGAAGAGGUCAAGUAAAAGCAACAGAUCAUGAAAUCCAAACAUGCAACAGGGGUGUAAUUGUGAUUUAAGUGCUGGAUGAAAGUUUUAAGUUUAUAGAUGAAGAGCUUCUGCAGAACAGAAAACCCAGCUGUACAUGUCACAAUCAUGAAAUAUACACCACAGUUGUACUUGCAAAAUGCUUACCAAAGCAAAAUUUCUCAGUGGAGAGGCUCCCUUUUGUUUUUAUACCAUGCUUUUAUUCUGAAAUUGUGUCUGGAGCGGUUUUUCGGUGAAAGAAGUAGCAUGCGCAGUUCUUUGUUAAAUCUCAAGGUGAACUUUGGCUGGAUAAAAGUCGUCAAUAAUCACUUUGCUGCAAGUUAAAAGAAAUAUUUUGUUCUUCUUUGCAUCUGUGUGUCCUCUCUGCUCAGCUGAUGACUGUGUGAAUCGAGCUCCACUGAAUAAAACCUUCAAAAAAAACAGAAUCGUGCUGCACUGAUAGAAUGAAAUCAACCCUCUUCUUUCUCUCAAUCGCUGCAGUUUGGGCAGACGCCUAAAACAGGACAGUACUGGUCAGUUAUUUGGUGCUUUUCCAAAGUUUUGAGACCCCCUUUUGAAAACACAGCCUUUCUGUGGAUAUCUAUCUUAUAAUUUCAAGUUUAUUUAUUUUCUUUCUGCAGCUGUUCAUCUCAGCAUCAGACAGACAAAUUUGUUGGAUUUACUGCUCACCCCUCCUCCUUCAUUUAUUUUAACUUCAACCACACAGGAAUGUAAGGAUCUUACUUAACUUGCAGGAAUCCACUCCCACCGUGGUAUUUGGCCCCCAUCAGGUGACCGGUCUCAUGAGGGCCACAUGAUGCCAUUCGGCUCCCCCAGCCUGGAAUUUUUUAUUCAACCACAGAGACGUGAUGAUCAACCGUGUUUUCAGACCGUUUUUUUUUUCUGUGUGGAGGAUGAAAAUGUGAUCUUGACGUGUUUAUUUUUACUCUCAGAUCACAGGGUGAAAAUGAGACCGUCAGAGAAAACAAUCUGAGGAAUGAAAGGAUGAUUCAGACAGUUCGAAUAAAGGAGUGCAGAGAUAGAGAGACGGUAAAUUUUCGUCUUUGUCAAGGAGAAAAUGAAGAACAAACUAACCAUACAGUAAUUUUCUCCUCUCUUACACCCCCGCACGCACACACACACACUUUGAGUGUGAGUGUAUUAGUGUGGCGAGGUGACGUGGAAGGGCGGCAGGAUUCAUGGGCACAUGUGCCAAUGAAACACUGUUAAUAGAAAGAACAGAACAACCUGAGCAGGAGGAGAAGAAGAGCUCAAUAAAACCGAACAAAGCCCAGGAUGAAUGAGCUCGCAGUGAGAUACAAAAGGAGGACAGAACAAGUGGGCAGAGAUCUGUGGUGUACCGGGUCUUCUUGUUCAACUGGGACCACGUGACAGACCGUUAUCUUAUUAUGUCACGGAGAGUAAAGAUGGUUAUGUCCUUGUCAAAUCUGACUCCCGUGAGGCCCACAGUUCAGCUGCACAAAGAACAACGAGACAUUUUGGGUCAGUUUGGGAAUUGGAGGGUUGACAGUUCAUGUCCUGGUGCAGACCGAAGUAGAAAAGCUGAGUCUGGUUUCUGGAGAGGUCCUGCAGAGUACAGCUGUCAGGAUGUGUGAAAUUCGUGACUCUUCUCUACCUGUGUCCUGUCCUUGUCACUAUAUCAGUGGAUACCGAAAUGUGUGACGGCAGGGGGUGGUUGUGAUGCGGACCUAUUUUUUAUAUAUUUUUUGUAAAUAUCAGAUAAUGUUGGGUUAGUGUUCGGGUUUAGGUCCUUACACACACGACGCAAAAUAACAAAAUAUUCAGAGGUGAAUUUUGACGUACCUGACUAUACACAUCAAGCGCGAUGCGAUUUUGCGACUUUCGGGGGAGAAAAAAGAUGCAUCCCGGGUGGAAGCGAGAAGACUGACCCAACAGCAGACUGAGUGUUUUUCAGUUCUGAUUAGACUCUAGUGUUGAGAUGUCUGCCUUCAGGUCGUUAUCUUUGUAAUGUUUGUGUUUUUUUAAUCAAAAAUCACUCUGUUCUCCGACACGUAAACAAUCAGCCGGUCGGCCAUGUUGGAUAUACCAGUGAAUCUGACAAAAAAAUAAAAAUAUUGACGUCUGAAACAAUCGCACAAAAAAAACACCCCUGGUAUGAAAGGACCUUAAGUUUGUGCAUGUUUCCACAUUCACUAAAGUUUGUUUCCUUUUAAUCUUCUUAUGCUAGUCGGUGCUAAUUUAGCCUCAAUCUGCUGAUUUGGCAGAAAUAAUACGAUGAAAAUCUGCAGUCUGGAAUUCCAGAGUUCUUUAUUGCAAAACAACAACAAAUACAAAAGAAAGCUUUAUAUAGCUUUAGAUAUGAGGCUGUUUAUAGGAUGUAGAGAAAACUUCAAGAGCACCAAAGGGUCGCCUCUCGACAUAAAGCCUCCAAACAUCCAAGAGUGCAGCUCAGCUCAAACCUACACUUGCUGUCUUUCUACUCUUCUUCGAGCCAGCAUAAUUAAGCAUAAUUAUAAUGAAAGUCUUAAUUUGCCAGUCCUGCUUAACCACUUUUUAACUGUCUGAGUGAAAUGAGAAAAGAAAAAAGCAGUGUGACAAAUCAAACAUCAGGGCUUUCCCUUGACAGUUUGCGUUUAGAAACAGGAAAACGAAUCAGCAAAGUGACUUGUUUUCAAUAUUAAUUUUAAUGACAAGAGGAGAAAAAGAAAGAUCAAAUAUUAGAUUUUACUGAUCAUGCUUUUGGAACCAUAAAUAAAAUGGAUCGCAGAUGAAACACACUUUCAGAGUCCAGGAAAGAAGAUUGACGUUACCUGAAACAAUCAGCCUUUUCUCCGUUUCCUGGAAUUGUUUUUUGUUUUUUUCCGGGAGCCUGUUAGGAAUUCCAUAAAUAAUUUUCUGAAUCCAAACCAGAGUCUGAACAGAAACAAAGAGAGUGGGGUCUAGAGAGAGAGAAAAAGAGAGAGAGAGUCAAGAAUUAGGAUUACUGCAGUUCUUAAUCAGUUGAUCAUCAUGUGAUCGAUUUAGACUCUGACGGAGUUUGACCAGUAAAAUCCAAACCAGCAGAGUGGACCAGUCCGAAAAAGAGUAGAGAUGGAGACAGAAAAGGGACAUAAAUGGACAUAAAAGACCUACUAACCUUUUAAACCAGCCUAACACUGAUAAAAUAUGGCUGACAGAUCUUCAGUGGAUUAUUAGCAGGCUGUAAGAAUGAAGAGGGCGAUUCAGGUAAAGCUUUUCUCUGGUUUUACUCAGGCUGUUCUGGUUGCUUCAUUGUACUAACCCCGCUUUAGCAGAGUUAGACUCCUCUGAUGAUGCUGAACCAAACGGCAGGUUGCAUCAGUGCUAAUUAACCCUGAGUGGAUCCACUGUGUAAGUCUGGAAACGCAUCAAAAAUACAGCUCAAACUGUGUCCUGCUGUUGAUGGCUUGUUAAGAUUGUCAAAAGCCUGGAUUAAAUUUUUUUAUUUUAAAUUUAUUUAUUAAAUUGCAAAUUGACUAAAACAGAGCUUUGAUGCACCAGACUUGGUUGAAACCUACGAUUGAUAACCUUAUGCUGCUUAUACUUUCAGUGAGUCGUUACCAUGGUUAUUUCUUGAAUUUGAUUGAUACAAGGUUGUUGAUUUUUAAGGGAAGAGCAUAAAUAAAUCAAGGAAAGUGCAACGUCAGCUGAAAAGUGCUUCUUUUGAGUUGCAGGAUAUUAUUCUGUAUUAGUGAAUAAAAGCCAGUUUCAUUUCUUAGCUCGGGCACUUUCAUAUUUCUGUUAUAAAGAACAGCUAACCUGUGAGUUUACAAUGAUCCGCACACUAGCCAUGACUUCUGUGAAAAUCACAACAACUUCAGAUUUAAUGAUAAUAAUAAUAAUUACUUUAUUUGUAUAGCAUUUUUAGAAAACAGAAGUUUACAAAGUGCUUUGACAUGCAGUCAUAGGGCACAUAGAAAAAGACAGAUGCAACAUAAAAUGAGACCAUGAGGACCAAAAUAAAAACAUAAAAUAGUUUAGAAAAAAGGAAAAUGCAUUUAAAAGGGAGAACGAAAAAUGGAAACAGGAUAGUAAAUAUAAAAGUCAAUAUCAACAAUGAUAAUAAAAUGAUAACAGUUAAUUCCGAUAAUAGGCAUGUGCCGAUAUGAAAAAUUUGAUAUCACGAUAUUGGUGGCCCAAAAUAUCACGAUUCACGAUCUUAUCAUGAUAUUAGCGCAUUACUUUUAACGUUAUUAAAAAUGGCCUACCCUUUCAUCAUCGUGGCCGUUUAACAUCGCAUAUCACGAUUAAAUUGUGUAUCGGCACAUCCCUACCUGAUAAUAAUAGUAACUAGAAAAGCACUCGGAGAGCGCAGACCUCCGCCAAGCAGCUCAUGUCCCCCCUUAAACAAGAAAUGCCCUGACCAGGAUUCAAACCCAGGACCUUCUGGUUGUGAGGCAACAGUGCUUACCACUACACCACUGUACCGCCUAUCUACACCACUGUGCCGCCCAUUGGUUAUCUUUCAGCAUUGAAAAUUCCAACAACACCCUUAUUUUUUUUGUGUCUGUUCUGGAUCACAGUAUCCAGAACAGACACAAAAAUUUAACAGACAAACAAACAAACAAACCAACGCUACCGAAAACAUAACCUCCCUGGUGGAGGUAAUGAUAAAAUAGAGCAACAGAUUUGUCGUAAACUGCCUCUCGGACCGUCCGAGUUUGCUCAGUUUGCUCGUGUUUUUCAUGAACUGAGUCUGAGAUUGUAACUGUCAGCAUCUCCACUCUCUUCUGCUCAGAACUGCGUUGUGCACUCUCACCCUGACAGCAGAAUAGAUGAUGAGCUGGAUGGAGAGGUUUCUCACUGUUUUCAUUGUGGAGUCGAUUCAUGACAGAUGUGAUCAAUUUCCCGGUCAAUCCCAGGUUGACAAAAAGAAUAAAAAAAAGAAAACUAAAAUCUUCAUCAAUAGACUUUAAGUAUCUUUAGCUGUAUGUUACUCAAGUCACCAAAUUGAGCAACAAUAACUGAAGGCAGAGAUUUAUUGAGAGAAAUUUAGUAGUCUUGUUUUAUUGCUGAGUAGGGAUGCAUCUGUCAUGAUUAUUAUGUUGUAUGUUGCUGUGUGUUUUUCAAGCCAAUGAAGAUUACUGGCAACACAAACAGAGUAAUAAACACCAUUAAGGUGCUGCAUCCCUUCAGGGCAGACAUUACGGGAGUGCUUCCAUUAAUGAAGAGCAGAGACCAGGACUGAACAGAAAGUUUGGAUAGUAACAAAAACAACAUCAGGAGAAGAUGAAAGUAUUAAAAGCAUUUUUGUACUUUUCUCCGAGCCCCUGGAGGACGAGCAGACUGCAUUACUCUACAGCAGGAAGCCAAGGCCUAACAGGGCGAGGUGAAACGUGGUGCACACUCCAGCUAAUGGCACUGUCACCCAAAGGAAAAUAAAAAUGUCUGAAGAGAACAGACGUUUCCUGAAACCCCACAGGAAGGCAGGUUGUUACCAAUAAUAUGAGAGCAUCCCAGCUCUUACUGGAAGUGCUCUGGAACUGUAUGAGCCAAGGCAUGUCAGAGAAAACAAGAAUGAUGUGAGAGCAAAGACAGGCAACAAAAACAAAAAUCCUGCCGAGAAAAAAAAACACAUUCUUCCAAAUUUAUCGCUCUUAAAACCAGAAGUGAAAACUUUGAAUGCAGAUCAGCGCGCACACAAAUCUCGUCUGAGUCUGUCGCCAACUUCAGUGCCCAGAUGAUUCGUUGUUGAUACAUGCAAACUAAGUUUUGAUAAAUAGGAAUUAAACCAAAUCAGGUUAGUGCACUAAAUGUCAGUGUAAUGAACAGCUCAAGCACAAGGAGAUCUUUUUUAUCCAAAAGAGAAAAUAAUUUAAAACUUCCAUCAAUGGAAUGUGCUGCAACAAAACUGCACAAAGAAUAUGACGUGCAACAGUUGAAAAUAUUUAUCGUUUUUGUUUGCACUGGCAGCGCCUUCUCAGGGUUCACAGUGGUCAUUUUCAUGAGUGCAGAAAUAUCCUUGCUGUCAGCUGUUUUUUACCUCCAAGGAGGUUAUGUUUUCAGUAGCGUUGGUUUGUUUGUUGGUUUGUCUGUGAACAACUUUAUGGAGAAAGUAACAGACGGAUUGACCUGAAAUUUUCACCAGAGGUGCGUCUCAGCCCCAGGAGGAUCCCAUUGGUGGUGAUCCGGACAAAAUUCUGGAUACUGUGAUCCAGAACACACAAAAAUAAGGGUGUCGUUGGAAUUUUCAAUGCUGAAAGAUGGGCGGCACAGUGGUGUAGAUAGGCAGCACAGUGGUGUAGUGGUUAGCACUGUCGCCUCACAACCAGAGGGUCCUGGGUUUGAAUCUGGGUCAGGUCAUUUCUUGUUUUAGGAACAUUAUGAACAGUGAACAUACCAGUUUAAACACAAAUAAACGUUAAUAAAAGACACGUAACAGUAAAAGUUUUGCUGUGAAUCACAAUAUAAGGGGGGACAUGAGCUGCUUGGCGGAGGUCUGCGCUCUCCGAGUGCUUUUCUAGUUUAAACUGCAUCGUUAAUUUUAUGCUGUGAAUUCUCAAUUUCAAAUUUUCCAUUUCAAAUGCAAUUCAAAUAGCAAUUACAAUGAAGAUGUCCAUUAUUUUUUGUCCAUUUUUUUUUAAGAAACUGGACAUGAUUGAAAACAGCUUUGACAUAAUGUUAAAAAAAUGUGGAGGUUGGAUGUAAGUCCAAAAAAAAGCAUCAAAUUUCCCCUCCUUAAAUCUGUAGAUACAUUACAGUUUAACCUUAACACUCCCAUUACGUGAGCUGACUUUAACAUGAGGCCAAAUUAUGAAGGAUCAUGUGACCGUCAGCAGCCCCUCCUCCUUUUUCCUGGUCUUUCCUCUCAGUUACACUCAGCAGCUGACAUGAUGAAUCAGGUUUAAACACUGUGUUAGUUUAGAGUGUGUUUGUCCUCAGGAAAUCCACAACAAUGCUGCUCCUAUAUCCAGGAACACAGUGGUUGGUCUAUUAGCCUGUCUGCCUCCUGCACUGCACAGGCUUCACUGAGGGCAAUAGAAGCUUAAAGGAGCUUAUAGUAAGCAAUGCCAUUAGGACAGAUUUAUUCGGUGAGAUGCAGAGGUUGUUCAACUCUAACUAAAAUAAAAUACCAUAAAGGAAUAUUGAAUUUUUGCAACAUUUGAUCGAAAUUGGAGCUUGAAUUUGAAGCAGGCAGUGUGGAGGAGCAGGCAUGCCCUCUUAGAUCCCUGUUGAGAUCUGCUCUGUGAAAACCAGGCUAAUGAAUGUCUCAGUAUAGCUGACAGAAGCACUGAGGUUACAGCGUUUCUCCUCUUUUCUCGCUCUAUUUUUCACUCAACUUUCAUUUGUUCAUCAACUGUGACUCAGGCAGAAAGGACAAGGAAGUGGGCGAGGUGUGAUAGGGGCUUUUUUAAUCUCCUAAAAGCUGUAUUCAUUCUGUGAGAGAAACUGUGUGAAUGCACCAGCAAAAACAGAGCCGGGAGCUGCAAAAAUGUGUAUUAGAUAAUCACAAACAAACACUUUUUAAUAAUAGAUAACAUUUAUGCAACACCUUUUAUAGAUGUACUCACACUGGGCUUUGAGCGUUCUAACUACAAAACAAACCAACCCACGCUUCGCUGUGGAGUGGUCUGCUGACCCACAUUGGUAAUUGAAGCAGGUGACAUCUAUUUCAGCUCCUCCUCACUCAGUGAUGGAUGAUCUCCAGAGGAUCCUGUUUGCCCUCAAGUUCUCUUUAAGAGCCGGUGCACACCAGAGAAGUGAAACGUGCAACUUCUUGCUUGAUCGGAUAUCUGAGCCUUACACAAAUGCAGCUGGAUUAGAGAUUGUGUUCUGGUCUGGCUGUGUUUUUACGUUUGCAGCAUCAUUACUGUGUGUGAAUAAUUUUAAUCUCUUUGAAUAUUAGUUUCAUGAAAUCUUUUAAUGGGAUUAUAUUCCGUUUUUUUCUGCAGCUGAGAGUUUGUCACAAACAAAAGAAAACAUGGACGUCGUCUCUGUGACGUUGUGAAGUGGUUAGCCCACAGACUGGAGUUCCUAUCCUGACUCCAAGUAACUUUGAAGUGGGGCUCAGUGAUAUGGCGUGAAAGUAAAACCCCUGGUGUUUGAUUUUAAUGGAUUUUUCUCCUUUUUUCCUGAGCCCUGCUGGUCAUUUGCACAACGUCUUUUAUCUUUAGCAGGCAAAUAACAGAGGCAAGUGGUGCGCAAAUCAUGCUGCUGUCAGCAAUUGUUCACACAAAGCUUUCUUACCUUUCAGCCUUGGACUGUAGUUUUGCUAUUGAGGCACAACAUAACAAGAGACUGGUCGGUUUCUUUUACUCACACAUUUGUUUGAAUUCAUAACCAAACCAGAGGUCAAACUACAGGAGAUUUGCUGUGUCAGGCUGUUUCUGCUGCGUCACAUCUGUGAUCAUUUGGUAAAAUUAUCAUUCACGACUCCCAUUUUCUGGAUUUUUCUUCUUUUGCCGCAGAGGAAAAUAGUGACACUGAGUCCAAAUUAGAGUGAAAGACAGAAAAAGUCGAAACGUUUCAAAGUGGAUGAUGAGGAUUUCAUCAUUAUCUCGUUUAAUCUGCGCGUCUGGCCCGGUUGAGACUGAGCGCUACAGCGACAGAUGGGAAGCACAGCUGGUAUUUAAUCUAUGACUCAGGUAUCACACACUGUCUGUCUCUCUCCGAUAUCAGAUUUAUUUAUCAAAAUAUCACACAGAAAGAAAACAGCACAGAUAGCCUGACAAUAAAUCUUUAAUCCUGCACAUUAUUUGUAUUGUGGUUGUGUAUCUCUGCGGUCUGCUCGUACAAACUGCUGCAGUUAAUCACUUUAUUGCCUCCGGGGCCAACAAGCUGGAAGCUGCAUCUGCAUAAAAAGCAAGAUAGUGCAUGUGAGCUGCUUUUUUUAACCUGCUCCUGUGCUGUUUUUAAACUUCGAGUCCAUCGGGAGCUGCCGAGAAGAAAGUGGUGACUUUGGAAAAGCAGUCUGUAACACCGAGAACAAACAGCAGCACCUUAUCUCAAGUGUGCUGGCAAACAGGCAGACCAGCGUAGGUCUGUAUUUAACCCUGUGAUUUAGAGGACACAGGAUCUGUCUUAUCUCCUUUGCUCAGUAGCAGCACAGAGAUGUUUGUACAUGCGCUCUGAUAGUGACUCAGAUUGAGGUGUGAACGUGAGUUUGACUGUGAAAGCAGCUUGUCACUGGUGGCUUUUGUUCAGAGCUCUUUGCAGCCUGUUGCAGAGGGAGAUAAAGUACUUUAGGAUUGGUCAUCACUGGAACAACAGCUCAGGCUUUUAAAUCUGCAGACCAACAAUAGCUCUGCGUGUGUGUGUGUGUGUGUGUGUUUGUGCUGCAGUGACUCCUCUUCCUCCGUGGACUGUCCUGGAAACGUUAUCUCCACUUUCCAGGCAAUAUAAAGCAAUAAAAGCAGUUUUAUUGUGGGGACUGAGUAGUUUGAUUGUUGAGGAGGGGACUGCAGUUCUUUCUAAACCUCGGUCCAACCUAUUUUUACAUUUUAGGGUCCAAAUCACACGUUUCUCUGCCAGAUUGUUUGAGCUGGCAGCUUUGAAACAGACUGUUUGCUCUACAGUUAAAUACAGAGACUGAAAUCGCUGUGCGGUCAUCAAUUCAGAUCCAAGGAAACUCAACAUUAACGCACUUUAAAUUAGAUGUAUGAAGCAAAUCUCAUCCCUAUUGAUAGAGGUGAACUAUAUUGAUCAGUUCACCUUGAUAAUGAUAAAUGGACGAUAACUACUCAACAAGCUGCUCAUCCCCUCCCACAUUAACUUCGUCUACUUCAGCCGCAACAACUUUUGAACCGUCCUCCAUCUCCUCAUCUGUCUUUUCCUCUUUGUUACGGACUGGAUGGGGUGGAGUCACAUCUCUGAUGUAGGACAGCGUCUUAAGGGGACAUGAGACCAUAGCCUACCUACGCACAUCCAAAAACAACUCGUAUUUAUUUAUUUAUUUAUUUAUUUAUUUUGACAGAGAAUUUAUUGAGAUGAGGAAAAUGAUAUCGGUCAUUGUCGUAAAUUUUCAGUAUCUGUAAAUUGUCGGUUUAUUGCCCAGCCCUACCCAUUAAUAUGAUAGGAACUAUAAUGUAAACGAGUUUCUAUUACUGGGUUGUAAUUCACAUAAAGGGUUUCCUCCAGGAUUAUUUGAAACAGUAGGGGAGGGCUCUGUUUCACUAAUGUAACUUUUGUUACCUCCGCCAAGGAGGUUAUGUUUUUGGUAGCGUUGGUUUGUUUGUUUGUCUGUUAGCAACUUUACAGACAAAGUUACAGACGGAUUGACCUGAAAUUUUCACCAGAGGUGCGUCUCAGCCCCAGGAGGAACUCAUUAAAUUUUGGUGGUGAUCCAGAACACACAAAAAUAAGGGUGUCGUUGGAAUUUUCAAUGCUGGAAGAUAACCAAUGGGAGGCACAGUGGUGUAGUGGUUAGCACUGGUACCUCACAACCAGAAGGUCCUGGGUUCCAAUCCCGGUCAGGGCUUUCUUGUUUAAGGGGGGACAUGAGCUGCUUGGCGGAGGUCUGCACUCUCCGAGUGCUUUUCUAGUUGUUGUUUUUAACUGUGCAACAAACAUUACCUGCUUGCUCCCCUUCUUGUAUGUCUGAAAGUCGUGCACUUUAAACUAUAACACUCAUUGUUACGUUUCACACUGUAUAAUAGCAUCAGGGGCUUUCUAUUCUAAUUUUAUAAUACAAAGUUUAACAGUUCAAAAUAUCAAACAAAAAUGCACAUUUGGUCCGAAAAACUGAAUAUCAAUUCAAAGAUGAUUUCAUUGAUUUGAACUGGUUUUAUGCUUUUUGUCUGUUUUCUUCAAUUUGGUAGACGCCUCAACGAUAUAUAGACGAUAUAUAGACGAUAUAUAGACGAUAUAAUGUGUGUGUGUGUGAUCUAUUCUGGUUGUUGUUGGGUUUUAACCAAGCAAAAUGUUCUUUCUCGCAAUGUUUUAAGAGCUGAUCAAGUUUCAAAUGAAUCCUUAGAAUAAUCAAUAGUCCAGUGAAGAGCAGACCGCUUUCAUCUGCACCCAAAGUAAAAACGUUUCUGCCUCUAAAGCUUGGCCUUUUCCCUGGAACAGUGUGUGUCUGAGUCAUGUCAGACAGUCAUGUCUGAGUCAUGUGCUGCUGUAAAAAUUGAUUUUAAUGGAUGCAUCUUCUUUGAAAUGCUCUGAAAAUUAAUUUGCACAAAGAUGAAAAUAUGCAGGGUUUAAUUGAAAUGGAAGAUCUUGAAGUUUUUCUUCAUUUCCUCGAUUAAGAUUACAUUUUUAUUCAAAGUUGAGAGAAAACACCUCCUGGUGGUGUCAGAGUUGUGCAUGAAUGGAGAGGGGGUUGGCCGCUUGUUUCAGGAAGUGUGUGUCCUGUAUGUGUGAGUGGGCAGGCCCAGCUCUUCCUGUUUACAAUCUGGUCCUCUGUUCCUGGUCACAGAGGGGCUUCAGUUCCUGACGCUCAAGUGAUGCAUUCAGGUCCUGUUGGAAUAAUGCAUGUGAUGUCAAAGUGGCAUACACAUUUGGAUUAAGAAAUAAGGAAUUAGGUGCAUCUUUUUUACCGUCUUUUUUCUCACACUGAAAAUGAUUGUGAGACAGCAUGUGCAGAUCCAUGGAAAACUAAAACCCUCAUCAGCCGCUGAAAAACUGUAGUGGGUCGACCACAAAUAUGUAACUUUAUUUGUAAUCCACAGAGUCUUUUCAAUACGUGCAUAAACCCUGUUAAAGCGCCUAACUUAUAUGAGAAAUGCGUUUGAGAAAUUCAUGUUAAAUUUGUCUUCAUGUGUGUUUGUAAGUUUUAAAGUAUUAAAAAACUUUCAAAAUAUAUCUGUCAAAUAUGAGCAGGAGAAAGAUGCCUGCCCAUGUGUGUUAACUCCACCCAUAGACUGUAAAUAGAAUGGAUGCAGUCUGCCUCCUCGCUGGGUGAAGCCACCGCAACAACAGCACCCUCUGGUGACGGGCUGCAGUAUAGGUUAUAAAUCCCGCCUCCUCCAGCAAUCCCUAUGGAGCUGUGGACAAACUUUUAGAAAGUAAUUACAGAGAGUAUAGAUUUUUCUCCUCCCUGGUUGUGAUGUUGACAUAUAGUUACUCUCAGACUGGUUUGUGCUCAAGUCCUUUUUUUUCUGUGCAGCUCUAUUUUUUAAAGUUAUUAGGGGGUUCAUGUUUUCUACGAUCGACACUUGAUACAGCCUUUGGGUGCGUAGCUUACCCGGGGGAUACGCUGUUUGAGCCGAGUGUCAUCACAGCGACUCUUCGUGUGAAGUGCGUACAAAGCUAUUGCGCAAUGUUGUUUCAGGAAGUGUAGAAAAACCGAGAGCUUUUCGGCUUCAAAUCCUUAUACUGGCAGGAGGCGGAGCCAAAUUGUCCAGUCUAUGGCUCCACCCCUACAGUGAGUAAAUGGGGGAAAACACGAGUCUUGUAGAACUCUAUUUACACUCUAUUUACAAAGUUUCACUCCACCCUGACAGACACUGGUCCCAGUGAGCGUAAGGGACAGUAAUUAUGCACAAUGUAAUCCCCCAAACAUGAGAAUACAAAGGCAUUUAAUUCACUUAUAAAUACACUGAAAAUGACUCCUGCACCUGGAGAACAUGAUGAAGAACAUGCAGGAGAAGAUCUUUAAAUAGCACCCAUCAUGUCAGUUUCACUUCUUUAAAAUGCAUGCUCUCUCUCAUUAACCCCUUCCUCAUAUAGAAACCUGCUUUAAUAACCCUGUAUUUUAUUCAUAUACGUAGGUAACCAUGGUGAAAGAUGUCAACUAAAACAAAAACACCUCUGCAGAAAUCACAAGACGUUAGUCUCUAAAUAUAUCCUUAUGAUCAGUAAGCGGGAACAUCGUGUGUAUUGUUGCUGUAAUGCUGCUCUCAUACAUGUUUUAUGUAGCUGGGAUGUGUGUGUUUGUGAGUGUGUAUUUCCUGAAAGCCCUCUCUGCUUUCUAACCCAGCUGAGAGUUAAGUGUGUGUGUGUGCUGAUUGAGGCAGACAGAAACAAAGCCUGUGAGCUCUCUCCAUCCUUCUCUGCAGACCACAAAUGUUUCCCUCCUAACUAUAAAUACACCCUGAAACCUGCUGCAUCCUGUAACAUGAAACGCUGAGAAAAGUGAUUAUCCAAGUCCAGAAUAGCUCCAAAGUCUCCGCUUACAUUCAGGGGCUAACGUCCCGAGCUAACGCAGGGCACUUUUAUUUUAUAAAGCUGGCUUUUAUUUUGUGAUGAUGCCGUUUGAUUUGAUUACACGCAGACAGGCUUUCAUGUAAAAAGCUGAAUCCGGAUGAAAGCUAAACAUAAUCGAUGUGAGAUAGACGGCAGGCUCAGAGGCUAUCUAGGUUGUGGCGAGAGAUGGAGAGGACGAGGUGAGAAAACCGAUAAAAGCACAUUACGAGGAAAAUGGAGAAGAAGAUAGAAAGCAGCUCUGAUUUCCCUCUUUGUUUACUGUUUUAGACAGAAACAGAUCCAUACACCUCCUGAAAUUCCCCCAAAAUGAAUUUAACGCUGCAGUUUUUCAGUUUCAGCAUAAUUGUGCACCACCUCUCUGCCAACUUUGUGAGACCAAAUUUCUCAAAGUUUUGAUUCUAUGAAGGGCCAGACUGGAGAUGCACCAAUCUGAUAUUUGGAUUGGAUAUCGGCUCCUUCUUCGUACCUCAUCACACCUCUUUUUAAGACUUGCACACCUAUGAUCGCGAACGUGGGCUGUGGUUGUUGAGACAACUCUUGUUGGUUGAAACAUUGAAUUCACUAAGAUUUGAUUGCAGCUGCCAAGAGCAACAGGUUGAGCAUCAUCCGCUUUACUAUCUUCUUUCUCCCAAGGUCAAGUUCACAAAGCACGUCGCCUUGGUAGUAGUAGAUGAGUUGGUAGAUUUAUCUGUGUAAUUCUUGGAGUCCAAGACAAAUUUCACUAAGCAGACAUUAAAGUGUAUCUUAUCUUAUCGUAUUGUACUGUAUUGUAUCGUAUCAUAUCGUAUCGAACCAUUUCGUAUGGUAUCAUUUGGUAUCGUAUUGUAUUGUAUCGUAUUGUAUCGCUUUGUAUCAUAUUGUAUCAUUUCGUGUCGUAUCAUUUCGUAUCAUAUUGUAUGUAUCGUUUUGUAUCGUAUCAUAUCGUAUCGUAUAAUAUCGUAUCAUUUCAUAUUGUAUUGUAUUGUAUCGUUUUGUAUCAUAUUGUAUCAUAUCAUAUCGUAUUGUAUGAUAUCGUAUCGUAUCAUUUCGUAUCAUUUCGUAUGGUAUCAUUUCGUAUCAUAUUGUAUCGUAUUGUAUAGUAUCGUUUUGUAUCGUAUCAUAUUGUAUCAUAUCAUAUCAUAUCAUAUCGUAUUGUAUCAUUUCGUUUCGUAUCAUAUUGUAUUGUAUCGUAUUGUAUUGUAUCGUAUUGUAUCGUUUUGUAUCGUAUUGUAUCGUAUCAUAUCGUAUUGUAUCGUUUUGUAUCGUAUUAUUUCGUAUCGUUUUGUAUUGUGUCGUAUUGUAUUGUAUCAUAUUGUAUCGUAUCAUAUCGUAUCGAACCAUUUCGUAUGGUAUCAUUUGGUAUCGUAUUGUAUUGUAUCGUAUUGUAUCGUUUUGUAUCAUAUUGUAUCAUUUCGUGUCGUAUCAUUUCGUAUCAUAUUGUAUGUAUCGUUUUGUAUCGUAUCAUAUCGUAUCGUAUCAUUUCGUAUUGUAUUGUAUCGUUUUGUAUCAUAUUGUAUCAUAUCAUAUCGUAUUGUAUGAUAUCGUAUCGUAUCAUUUCGUAUCAUUUCAUAUGGUAUCAUUUCGUAUCAUAUUGUAUCGUAUUGUAUUGUAUCGUUUUGUAUCGUAUCAUAUCGUAUCAUAUCAUAUCGUAUUGUAUCAUUUCGUUUCGUAUCAUAUUGUAUUGUAUCGUAUUGUAUCGUUUUGUAUCGUAUUGUAUCGUAUCAUAUCGUAUUGUAUCGUUUUGUAUCGUAUUAUUUCGUAUCGUUUUGUAUUGUGUCGUAUUGUAUUGUAUCAUAUUGUAUCGUAUCAUAUUGUAUCCAAUCGUAUCGUAGUGUGAGGGUUAGACAAUGUGUGCAAAAAGAGAACCAAACUGAUGUAUCUGCAGCCUGCCUCGAGUGAACACUCGAGGACCUUCAGAUUUGAGCUCCUCUGCUUUGGCUCCAUCUCUCAAGACCAAAGGUUGUUGUUUUCCUCCUCAGCACUGUUUCUUGGUUCUAACCCCCCUCUAGAACCUUAAGUUGCUAAUAAACCUGCAAACAACAGCGACACAAGGAAUAGUAAUCUUGAUCUGACCUAACCCACAUAGCUGGCGUUUGCUCCAAGAGGCAUUUAUCUUUGUCGUCCAGCAGCGGAUGAGUCAGGGUUUCUUUUCACACACCUGAAUCUCUUCAGAGAUGUAAAUGGAGUAAAAUCCAGAGCAUCUUUAUAAUGAGUUACAUAUAUUCAUAAAAGUAUGCUAGUAUAGUAAAUCUCUGCGGUGACCCAACAUUGAACCACAUCAAAAUGACUACUCUCUCUAGACUGAGUGUUUUUUCCUGUAAACAGAAACUUGGCCAGCUCCCCAAUCAAUUUUUACACUACAUUUUACUGAUAGUACACCAAUUACUGGGCUUGUGUGUUCCUGUGUGAUUACUCACAUUCAGCUAACCUGGAUCAUGUGAAGAAGAGAAGAAGGAACUGUAACAGUGUGUGGGAGGCAGAGCCAACAAUAACUGUGAUUUCUGUAAAAAACUCAGCUUCAAUAAAGCAUCAAUUUAGGCUGCAAGAUUUCCUCCUCUUUCAUGCGCUCUUGUGGAUAAUUGGAGGUCAGAGGAUAUAAAUAGUUCUCCAUGCUAAACAGUGUAAUCUUAGAGCAGUGAGCUAACAGGUUACUGUGUGAGAGAGUGAAGAAAGUGGGACAAGCUCCUGACACUCAAUCUGACAGAUUACUGUCAGCUCCUGUUUGCCUGCGAGGAGGAAGAGACAGACUGUUUAGUGACGAUUUAAACAGUGAUAUCCAGGUUUACUUUCAGCUGCCUGUGGACACGAUAACUGACAGAGUUGGAAAGAAAGAGGAGCAGAUGGGUUCGGUGUGUUAGAGCUGAACUGUCUCGCCCAGACCUGCCCCACGUUCUCUCUGCCUUCAGGUGUUUUAACCUGCAAGGACAUGAAACCCCCCCGGACAGGAUUUUAUCUUUUUUGACUGGUUUCAAAGAGGUUGCAGUUUUAUUUUGUUUUGUGGACAUUUCAAGGAGAGAAAAGCAGAUUAGAAGAACAUUAGAAGCAGAUUGGAAGUUGGGAUGCUGGGCAGAAUUUUUAAGGUUUUAUGCACAACUUAAAUUUUUUGAAAAGGUUGCAAAGACAAGGUAGCAUUUUCGUACAAGGUAAAGUGAGAAACAAAAACAGCAGGGAUGCCCAGAUGCCACCCGUUCAUUCCUAAGAAAUAUUAGUCAAACAUUUUUGCACCAUUGGUGAGAAGAACGUCUGCAAAAAUGUGUGUGAUAAAUUGGUUGGUUACUGGUUACUCAUUCCAGGCAUUUUUAUCCAAAAAGAUGUCAUACUUGGCUUCAAUCUUCUGCUGCUUUUCUGUUUUAUUUUUUUCUAAUCGAGAGAAUAAACAACAUAUUAUUCUGUGGAAAACUGCACAUGUCAAAUGUGUUUUUGAUCCUUAUUCAAAAUUUAAUUUGGUCCUACACUGGUCUUAAUCACAAGCUUCUCCAUCAGGGUUUCAUGAAACGCUUAUUGCCCAUAUUGACGCAAAUGUAAGACUUCUUUAAAGGAAGAUAUUAAUGAUAUUGACUGAAUAUAUGUGUCUAAGAUAUCAGCUCCAAAAGAAUAACAGUGAAAUUUCUCCGUAAAGUUGUUCACAGACAAACAAACAAACAAACCAAUGCUACCGAAAACAUAACCUCCAUGGCGGAGGUAAUUAGAUAACAAAAUAGUUAAACCCUGAAAAAGUCUUAUCAGUGUGUGUGUGUGUGUGUGUGUGCGUGCUUGCGUGUGUGUGCAUUCCAGUCUGAGUCACAUGCAGGUCUGUGUAUCUGUGAUAAUACAAGCUUUCAUUCAUUGAGAAGAAGUUACUCAUUCACUCUGUGUAAACGUCUGUGGGUGUGUUUCUGUGUGUGUCUGUGUUCUUUUAUCACUGUGUAGGAGAGCAUUAAAUCAUUACACACAUAUAUGACUCACAUUUGAACCCUCAUCACUACAAUGGAAGUGAAAAAUUAGGCUUUACUUUUCAGACUGUUUAGAGAUUUUAACUAAAAAAAAAAAAAAUCACUUACAGUCACACUCUUGUAUGUUUUAUCUUCACAGUGUGUUGGUGAGGAGAACUGGGUGGACAGCAGGACGAUUUACAUCGGUCACAAGGAGCCUCCUCCAGGAACAGAGGCCUUUAUACAACAGAGAUACCCCGACAACAGGAUAGUCUCCUCCAAGGUCAGAAAACACAGAAAGGAGAGAUUUCAUCAGGACAAACUGUACAAAAUAAGAGUCUUAUGCAUGCUUCUGUUUGUUACUUUCUUUGGCUCUGAAAGAACCAACAUGUUGUAUUUAUGCUGCUGCAUCAUCAGUGACAGUCAGUGACACCGCUCGGAUCUCUUUUUAACCCUUACCUGUCUCUUAUUUCCAGUACACAUUUUGGAACUUCAUCCCCAAGAACAUGUUCGAGCAGUUCAGGAGAGUCGCCAACUUCUACUUUCUCAUCAUCUUCCUCAUCCAGGUAAAACAAAUGCACUUUUGCUCGUAUUUUCAGUGGUUAUCAUUUCUACUGAGCAUGCUUGUGCAGACUGCAACCAACAGUGUUUUUCAAAGUCACUCGCUGCGUUUCCAUUACAUUUUUUCGCAAAAUAAAAGCGAUGUUUAUCAAAUUUCGACAAAGUACAAUUGCGAUUUGCGGGUGUUUCCAUUGAAUGGUGUUCAGUGCAUAAGCGAGCCGUCUGCCUCUCGCGAGCCGUGUUUGAAUGGCAGUUGCCUAGCAACGAGGUAAACUUCCUGCCCGUGUGACCUCGUAUUCCUUAAGCCUUUUUGCACACCAACACACACAACAACUCUGCAUUUCGCUGUGGUCUGCUAUCAAGGAUGGCGGUUAUAUUUUUUCUCUUUUAUUAUUUCUAGAAAUAACUCCGUUUCCUCCUCCGUCCACACAUACCGCGCCAUCUUUGCUUGAAAUGAGCUGGUCACAUGACCUGCUAGAAUUGCGAGAAUAGUGUUUCCAUUACACUUUUGCGAUAUACUUCUAUAUCGACACGUCUGAAAAACCACCUCAUGAGAGCGUAAAAACUUUUUAGUGAUAUUUGAGAGGUUUUUUUAAAUGUAGGUUUUUCCAUUACCAGUUUUCUAUUGCGAUAUUUAGGUUUUGCGCAAAUCUAUGGGUAACGGAAACGCAGCUAAUGAUAACAUCCCCAGUGUUUUGCUCCCAAAAAUAUUAAGUUUAUAAUCUAGAUUUGGAAAAAAAAAGAGGUUUUGGAGAAUUAUUUUGACUAAACGGAUAAAUGGUUGACCAGAUUAGUUUGGCAUGUAUUGGAAAGUUCGCAGCAAAUCAGUUGUCUCAGCUGUAACUGUUUCCACUGUUCAUAAGAUGCUUUGUCAGGAAAAUACACGGAUCUUAGGGGGCGAGUGGAUCUUUCCUGUUACUCAGAGGAACCCCUCCCCUUAUUUUGCACACAGAUUUAAGUGUUAAAUUCAUCUCCUUCCAUUUGUGUCAUUUCAGUUAAUAAUCGACACCCCCACCAGUCCCAUCACCAGCGGACUGCCACUUUUCUUUGUCAUCACAGUCACCGCCAUCAAACAGGUGAGCUAUAAAAGCCCUCACGGCUAAAUUUAUUCCAGUUUUUUAUUAGAUAACAUGAAAUCACUGCCCUUUGUGUCUCUAAUUUCCUGCGUUUCUCUGUGUUAGGGUUACGAAGACUGGUUAAGACACAAAGCAGACAACGCCGUAAACCAGUGUCCUGUCCACGUGGUCCAGCAUGGGAAAGUGGUUCGUAAACAAAGCCGCAAGCUCAGGGUAUGUGUGUGUGUGAGAUCAGAUAAAUCACCCUCAGACUGUAAAACAUGUCCAGAGCUUUGGUGCAUUUGUAUUAUUGGCUCGUGCAGAGGGAUUUUCCUGAGACUAAGCUGCAUGUGCAUGUGUGUGGGUCUGCAGGCCCGCAUUUGAGGGCUUUUAAAGUCCACCUCAUUAAUGUUUGUUAUGCAAUAAUUCAGAGAGUGAAACUGCAGCUUGAAUAACAGACAGAAAAGGUCUGUUUCCACAUCAACAAUCCUGUGAGGGAACAAAUGUUGAGCAGUCGUUGGCUAAUAUUCAGAGGUUUACAGGUGGCGGAGCAGAAGGUUAGCUUGUUAGGCUAAAUGCAUUAGCAGCAACUGUAUUAGCUUUACUAACAGGAUAAGAGGCAUGCAGUUCCAGCAGACUCUACAGUUAGGAGUCUGUUCUGUAUACAACAAGUAGGGCUGUGCAAUAAUAUUACUGUUUACAGAUUCUAAUUAAAGGUGUUGAAUCUGUAUGUAAGAGUCAAAACUGCAGGGAAAACUCCUGUAUGGAGAGAAAAACAGGUGACAGGUGAGUAUCAAAUCUCUCCAUCAGUAUUGUGAUGAUCUCUAGAAAACACACAUCUGGACGAAGAUGCAGCCAGAGUAAAGCCUCUGUGUAAGACUAUAUUAACACUGAAACUGUGACCCAUCAUAAAACUUUAACCUGAAAAAUCUAAAAAAGGUAAGCCAAUGUGAAGCCUCAGGGCAGAUUAGACUUUACUGUGAAACUAAGACCCACUAGAAACAAACAAGGGGAUGUUCAUUUGUAUGUGACUGUCAAGACAGUCUGUUCUUUUGGGGAGCUCAUCCCCACCAAGAAUGCUUGAAUGAAGUCUAUGUAUUAAACUAUUUACAGUGAAACUAGACCCAGAUUUGACUCUCUGUUUUGAUCUGAAGACACAUGCCAGUCAGAAAAUAGAUUGUUUUGCAGUAGACAAGUUGCUUUACCUGUAGCUCAAACAAGAAGUAAUCUAUGAACUCUCCUAUUUGAAAGGCUGUGAUGUAAGAUAGCUGAUCUAUUUUACCAACCUAUGUUUAAUCACAAUCACUGUAUCAUAUGUAAGUCAUUCGAUAAAGUACAUUAAGCUCUAAUCUCAUAAAGCGGACAAUUGUUUUGUCUUCCGUCUUAAUUAAAUCGAUAAAUAAUCUCAUCAAGAUGUCCCAAAUCUUCCUUGUUGUCGUCUUGAGACUUUAUUCUGUCUAUAAUGUUCUGGUUUGACCUGAUAGAUGUAAAUAGUAAUUCAUUAAAAUAAAAAUAAACAGCAGAAUAUUAGUUUAAGUUCAUAAGAACUUUUACAGCGAGGAUGAGCUGUUCUUAAAAAACAAAAUAAAGCAGGAUGCAUCUUUUUCUCUCGCUCUCUCUCUUUCAGGUCGGAGACGUCGUCUCAGUCAAAGAGGAUGAGACAUUUCCGUGCGACCUCAUCCUCCUCUCCUCGUCCCGAGACGACGGGACCUGUUUUGUUACCACAGCCAGUUUAGAUGGAGAGAGCAGCCACAAGGUUGGUGCAAUGAGUGAAUUUUAACCCAUUUAGACUCAAGGCUGCCUGAGAAGCAUCCUCUAAACUGAAGUACCGUCAGAAUAUAACCUCCAAAACCUGAGGGCCUUCAGAAAACUGCUAAGGAUAUUAACACUUAUAAAAUCUUUAUCCCUCAAACUCUGUACAAAAAAGAAACAUUAAAUCGACAAUAUUAAAAGGUUUGACCCUUAAAAACGUUAAACUUCCGCCUCUGCUCUUCAGUCCUGGAGAGGUUUAUAAAAUAAUCAGUGAACAGCGAAAGAAAGAAAAUUAAAUUAAACUUUUUGAAACUCUAAUAUCAAAACAUGUGAAUUGGAUGUUUACGGCAAAAGUCUUAACAGGUCAAGACGAAACUCUCUCCUUCUAUCAAUAAUCACCACUAUUUAUUUUAGAGGUGGGGGAAAGUCCUUAUGUUCAAGUCCAAGUCGAGUCUCAAGUCGAGUCGUCAAGCCCCCACCACUGAUUUAUUUAUUUAAUUUAUACAUCUAUCUAUCAAUAUAUCUCCACCUACCCUCUCCUGUCCUCUCAUUCUGUUUUUUUUCACUCAUCUCUUCUGUUCUCUCUCUCUCUUCUUAGACGUACUAUGCAGUUCAGGACACCAAAGCUUACAACACAGAGAAGGAGGUGGACUCUAUCCACGCAACUAUUGAAUGUGAACAACCACAACCAGACCUCUACAAGUCAGUAUAACACACAAGCACACCCACACACACACCUGAAACACAGUUUUAUAGAUUAGUGUCUGUGUAAAAUAAAAACCGUUUUUCUCGAACAGAUUUGUGGGACGGAUCAACGUUUACAUGGACAACGAGCCGGUGGCCAGGUAUGUGUAAAUGGGAUAUGAUAGGCACACAGGGUUUUAGAUUUAAAUGAGGAAUUAUAGUACAGUAUUACAUUUUUUCUGUUCUCAGGCCAUUAGGAUCGGAAAAUCUGCUGCUGCGAGGAGCCACGCUGAAGAACACAGAGUACAUCUACGGUAUAAACACACAAAAACACAUCCGUUUCUCUCUGGUUUUGGCUCUUCGUCGUUUCUCAAUGUCCUCUUCGGGUGUUGUUUUUCUCGGCUGUCGUGAAGCGAUCCAGAUAUGAAAAUCCAUUCAUGUGUUAACAGGUGGUCAUAAAUCCAUCUCUAUGGAAACUGAGGCAUCGUCAUCCAAAUAUCUGCUCCUCUUUUAAUUUAACACUAUUAGACAAUAUUUAUAAUUACUUCAGCACAAUUUUCCUUGUUUUGCUGAACAAUAAGGAUCUUUUUCAACCUUCAACCUUCUGCCUCCUUUCAGCUGUCGCUAUCUACACAGGGAUGGAAACCAAGAUGGCUCUGAACUACCAGUCCAAAUCUCAGAAACGGUCUGCCGUGGAAAAGUAAGCUCUCUCUCUCUCUCUCUCUCUCUCUCUCUCUUGCUCUCUCUCUUUUUCUUCUCGUUCUGCAGUUUGACAUAAUAUUUUCAUGAUUAGUCGCUGGAGAGGAAAAAAAUUGGCAGCAUUUAUCAACCAACACCGAGUCAUGGUUCAUAUUUUCGACCUUUCUUCUAUCAUCAUUUAUUUAUUCCCUGACUAAACACCUGUGAGUCUCUGGCUCUCUUUAAUGACGGGAUCUUCUCCUUUCCAUCUGGAGUUGAUCUACGUUUAGUAUCCAGAUGGCUCGAUGAUAACUGACUGAAUGUAGGUGGAUUAGAUUUACACUCUCAUGAGUCUGAUGGGCUCGUUUUAAUCACAUUUGUCUGUCUUUUACCAAAAUGAUCCAUGUGAGGAGUCUGCACACAACAAGUGCUGGAUUUGAACAAUUUUUGCUAGGUUUAUUUAUUCAAGCUCAGGACAGACUUAGACCCAUUCCUUCUUAAUGCUUUAUAAUGAUAUGUCUAAAAGUUGGUUUACGGGUUAGGUCUGUGUCCUGUUUACAUGUUUUUUUACUGGAUCAGAUUCAGUGGUACCGUUUUUCUACAUAUUUCUGCACUGUAAAAGGCCGACUAUACAGAUAAAGAGACCUGUCCUAAUACGUGUAAACAUGUUAGUCCGACUUUAAUCCCACUAAAUUGGAUUUCUUAAAGGUAUACUCUCAUAUCUUAAAAAUGCAGUUUGGGAUGGUUGUUGUCUUGCAUGUUGAUGACUCAGUCAGAGUCUGUGUUCUCAUUGAGCAUCAAUUCAGACAUAAAUAAUGAAGUGAAAAGCUUAACUGUGUUUUUGUACCAUUUUAUUUGUACUUUUCCUCACUCAUUGAUCUCACCUGCACAUUCUUCUUUCCAAACUCCCAAAUUUAGGACUCAGAUUUUUUAAACCCAAAUGAGUCAUUUCUUACCGUCUCCCCCUGCAGGUCAAUGAAUGCCUACCUUGUCGUCUACCUCUGCAUCCUCAUUGGCAAAUCCAUCAUCAACACGAUAAUGAAAUACGCCUGGCAGGCCAACCCCAACAGAGACGAGCCGUGGUACAACCAGAGGACGGAGUCUGAGAGGCAGAGACACAUCGUGAGUUUAUUUUUCUUAUUCCUUCAGUUCUAGAAACAAUCUCGAUCCCCCCUUUAACUCUUCCUCCUCCUCCUCUUCUUCAUCAGGUGAUCAGGGCAUUUACAGACUUCCUCGCCUUCAUGGUUCUGUUCAACUACAUCAUCCCUGUGUCCAUGUACGUCACCGUGGAGAUGCAAAAGUUUCUAGGCUCGUACUUCAUCAUGUGGGAUGAUGAGAUGUUUGAUGAGGAGCUGGGAGAGAGGGCGGUCGUCAACACGUCAGACCUGAACGAGGAGCUGGGACAGGUAUGAAAGAAAACAAACUUCGGAGUUAAAAUUUGGAGUGAAAUACUUCUCCGAAACUUCAAACAAUUGGCUUUAGAUUAGCAAACAGAGGAUGAACGGAGUUUGGUGGAUUUAACUGGACUAUUUCUGACGUUUAUGAAAGACUUUGCUCCAUCCGGGUCCAAGUUCAAGUUUUCAACAUCAUAAAUACCAGAGGUGGGGGCUUGACGACUCGACUUGAGACUCGACUUGGACUUGAGUCCCGUUUUUGACUUGCUUGAUGAUCAAGAAAUGACUUGGACUUGCUUGGGACUUGAUUGCUAAAGACUUGAGACUUGACUUGACUUGACUUGACUGGAGCUCAGUGACUUGAAAAGUCUUUUCAAGUCUUUUCAAGUCACUUAAUACCUUACAGCAAGCCCAAACCAUUUAAAAAGUGUCGCAUCAACUAAUAGUCAGGAAUUACGGCCGUUGGUAACACCGUGUUGUGUUGCCAAGUCUGUUGUCUAAGUAUCCAAUUCUUGAAGUUGAUCUGAUUAUUUUUUUGUAUGACAUGUAAACAGUGGCGGCUGCUGGUCUUUCAAGGAGGGGAAGCUCAUUUUUCUGGCCUACAUCAUAAUUGUGUUUGUUUAUUUGUAUGUAACAGGAAAGAGUCGCCAAACACAACGGCAGUCGUUUUUCACAAAGACAAAAGUCGCUGAGGAUCGGUAAAGUCUCCGAAACAGUUAAGAACAACGGAAUGAAUAACUUGGAAAAUGCUUUAGUAGAUGUUUUAUUCUUCAAGAUCGCUGAUUCGCUUGUUUAGCUGUCAAUCAAACAAGGAUUUCACCUCAGACAGCUCAUCCAAUCAUGGAUGCAGAAGCUCGGAGUCCGGGAGACAGUCGGGACCGCCCUCUCGCCAUAGAACUCCAGUGAAGCCGAGCGUCCGAUGGGCGGGACAAAGCCCAGCAUUUAUCCAAUGAGUGUCUAGUUUCGCUGCUGGAACAACCCACUUUGAGCUUCCACAUUGAAGUCAGCAGAAGCCCGGCGUCCGGCUGUUUAAAGCGCUGAGGCGCUGCGAGGAUGAAUGAGAACGAAGUUGUUCAGAAUCAGCUUCUUAUCACUGUGAUAAGAAGCUGAUUCUGAACAAAAGAUGAAGGCUUUCUAGCGCGUAUUUAGUUAAUGAAAUGUACACACAGCAGUACGUAUUUCACCACUUUUUCUUUUUUUUGGGGGGGUGACAUUUUAAGGGAAGCUGGGCUUCCCUUGCAGUCUUAGAGCAAUCGCCUCUGCAUGUAAAAUAGUUUGAUUAAAGCUGCACUAUGUAACUUUACACAAACAAGAACCCUUGUUUAAUAAUAAAUGCAAAUAGUGAAAAAUGCUCAUGAUUGAUGUAAAUCUUUACAUAUAACAAAUGGUUUAUGGCUUUGACAUGACUUGUUUUUGACUUGAAAGAAACGGUAAGGACUUGGACUUGACUUGAGACUUGAGACUCGACUUGGACUUGAACAUAAGGACUUUCCCCCACCUCUGGUAAAUACUCCUAUUUCUCUGUGAUGACGCUCUUUCUGCUCGGUUUGCAGGUGGAGUACGUGUUUACAGAUAAGACAGGUACUCUGACGGAGAACAACAUGGAGUUCAUUGAGUGCUGUGUCGACGGGCACGUUUACGUACCUCACAUCAUCUGUAACGGACAGGUAGAUUAUUCUACUUCAGUUUUAUAAUCCUGUAUCCUCUGUUUGCUGUAUUAUGAUCUUCUUAAAUCUACCCAUGGUCUUUCCAGGUGAUGCCCGGUGCAGCAGGUAUGGACAUGAUCGACACAUCUCCAGGUCCAGGAGCCAGGGUGAGCACAGUCUCAGUUUAAGUUCGUGUUUGUGUUCAUGUUUGGAUAUUUUUGUUUCAUUUUGUGUUUUUUCUUCUCCAGGAGCACGAGGAGCUUUUUUUCCGGGCACUAUGUUUGUGCCACACGGUACAGGUAAAGGAGGAGGAGACGGUGGACGGGAUUAAACACGGCAUCCAUCAGGGAAAGUCCACCUCCAUCUACAUCUCCUCGUCUCCUGAUGAGGUGGCGUUGGUGGAAGGCAUGAAGAGGUGCAGCGCGCACAUGCACUGUCUCUCUUUGUUGAAAUACAUUUGAAAUGAGUCACUAAAAGUUGUCUUUGUUGUGCUCUGCAGACUCGGGUUCACCUACCUGAGACUCAAAGACAGUCACAUGGAGAUCUUAAACAGAGAGGAUGAGAUUGAAAGGUGAGUCUUCCCCCUUUGAAACCAAUCAGUGUUUUGUGUAGCUCUGAACUUCUUCUAUUAAAACACAACUCAUGUUUGAACUGUCUUAAUCGCACUUCUGCUGUUUUUUGUGAAUCGAGGUUUGUGCAGUGAAUUUGGAUCAAGUCCUGUGAUUUUUCGAGGUGUGGUUUGGGUGUAACAUGAAUCAGUGUGUGUCCUCUUAUUUCCUCUAAGAGCUGCUGUAGUUGUGCCUGCAGGGAGGCAGAAUCUGUAUCUGCACAUUUAACUCCCGUUCUAUUUAAAAAUGCAGUAACACACACAGGCUGUAGGAGUUCAGUCAAAGCACUGAUUGAUAUUAAAUGUCACACACCUUUAACUUUAGUUACGAGGAUUUAUUUGUGCGACUUUGUUCGAUUUGCCGUACAGCUUCUGUUUGUUUUGUUGUUCAGGUUUGAGCUGCUUGAAGUUUUAACCUUCGACUCAGUCAGGCGGAGGAUGAGCGUCAUCGUCAGAUCCAGUUCAGGUAACACACACACCUCAGACUGUUAUUGUGUAUGUGUGUUUGUACCAGGCUGGAGUGUGUCUCAGCGUUCUCUCUCUGUCUGUUUGAGCAGGUGAGCUCUACCUGUUCUGUAAAGGUGCAGACUCCUCCAUCUUCCCUCGGGUCAUAUCAGGAAAAGUGGAUCAGGUCAGAGCGCGGGUGGAGCAUAACGCAGUGGUGAGGACACACACACUCACACACACUCACACACUCACACACACACAUACACACUCUCAUAAACAACCACAAAUGGAAUAACACAACAUGGUUUCUCUUGAAGCUUCAUUUCAGACUCACUUUCUCAGAGUUCCCAAAAUCCUGUGACUCCUGUGGUUUCCACAGUCACAGUACAUGACCACAGCAGUUUCCAUGGUUACAACAGGAAAAAGAUCAGGAGGGCACUUGUCCAUCAAACAGAUAUUGAGCAUUUUUUCAUUUCACACAGGGUCCAGCUUGUGACCUCUAAUAGACAUGAAUCAGCUUUUGGGUGUUUGACACAGAAGAUGAUGGAUGAUGGAAACCUCACGAAAUUAAAGCUCCAGAUUAAAGCGACUAGUUAAGUUAAGUCUCCUCUUUACAGGAGGGUCUGAGGACGCUCUGUGUGGCCUAUCGUCCUCUGAGUCCUGAGCAGUACCGGGAGGUCUGCAACCUGCUGAGCGGGGCCAAACUAGCACUUCAGGACCGAGACAAACGAUUGGCCGAGGCAUAUGACCUCAUCGAGAAGGACCUGAUACUGCUGGGAGCCACGGCUGUUGAGGACAGGUGGAGGAUCUCUGCUAAUUAUGUUUCUGUCUGUUAUAACUAUAUAUAUGACUAUAUAUGACUAUAUAAUAAAAUUUUCAUCCAUCCCGACAGGCUCCAGGACAAAGCAGCGGACACCAUCGAGUCUCUGCAUAAAGCAGGAAUGAAAGUGUGGGUGCUCACAGGCGACAAGAUGGAGACGGCGGCUGCGACCUGCUACGCCAGUAAACUGUUUCGCCGUAACACCCAGAUCCUGGAGCUGACAACCAAACGUACGGAGGAGCAGAGCCUCCACGACGUCCUGUUUGACCUGAGCAGGACGGUCCUGAGGCAGCAUGGAGGCAUGACCAGGGACAACUUCUCUGGGUGAGUUUUCUGUCAAAUCCUUUAAAUCUGCAGCUUUAUGUUUUGAUUUUACUCUUUGGUGUUUGAUUGGUGUUAUUUGUUUUGUAGUUUAUCGUCUGACUGCACAGAUUUCGGUCUGAUCAUCGAUGGAGCCACCCUCUCGGCGGUGAUGAGGCCAGCUCAGGAGGACUCAAACUCAGGGAAUUACAAAGAGAUCUUCCUGGAAAUCUGCAGAAACUGCAGCGCAGUGCUCUGCUGUCGAAUGGCUCCGCUCCAGAAAGCACAGGUUCAGAGAACAUACCUGCAUCCUUUUAGACUUAGCAGAAAAACAAGGAUGCUUUCUGCUACCGGAAACAUCGUGGACGUGAUUUUUCCUCUCGUUUCAUUCUAGAUUGUGAAGCUGAUCAAAGCCUCGAAGGAGCAUCCGAUCACACUGGCUGUUGGAGAUGGAGCAAAUGAUGUCAGCAUGAUCCUAGAGGCCCAUGUUGGCAUCGGUAACUACGCUACAGCAUUCCUCUACAUGAGACAGACUUUUGGACUGUUGGGGUUUGUUAAAGGGUUCAUGCAUUUACAGAAAAAGUCUUACAAUUUAAAUUGCCUGAUUCCAAUGAUUGGAAAGGGAAACCAACAGCUAUAAAAUAAACAAAAUUUUGAAAUUGGUAGCUCGAGUUUAAUUUGCUAAACCUUUGUAAUUUUUUUUUGUUUUUGCUGCAGAAAAAUCAAAUAAACUGACUCUUUUUUUAAUCCCAAUCAAUCCUUAAAGAUCUUGAAUGCAAUCUUGAAAACUGUGCAGCGGCCAAACAGUAUUGGUCGCCACUUUUUUUUAAGACAUCUUCUUCAGUCAGUGCUUUAAGCUCUGCAGUGACGAAGAUGCAUAUCCAGUAAAUGAGCAGACAGCACUGCUUUUUGUCCUUUUGAAUGCCAACUUGAGCUGUCGUCUGUAAAAGAUUGUAAGUUCACCUGCUGUUGCCAAAGUCAUUUGUGCAGUUGUUGUAGAUCACUGCCCUCUGAAUUUGGGAUUAAAAAGAUCUUUAAAGAUGCACAUACUUGCAGACAGAUGCAGAGAGGGAAAGGGAGAGGUAUGUGUGCGAUAAAAUUGAAGUUGUAGGUUGUUGGGGAAAAGUUACUGAAGUUACUAAAAGCCAAUACACGCUAAUACAAACUUUUACCUGUUGCUGCAGGUAUCAUGGGUAAGGAGGGUCGUCAGGCGGUGAGGAACAGUGACUACGCCGUCCCAAAGUUCAAACACCUCAAGAAGAUGCUGCUCGUCCACGGACAUUAUUACUACAUUCGCAUCUCUGAACUCGUGCAAUAUUUCUUCUACAAGGUAACCUACCUGCUCGUUCACCUGCUCGACUUUGGAUUUGUCGUAAACUACAUCUCAGACCAUCUUUGUGCCGUUUGCUCUUGUUUUUCAUUUACUGCGACUGAGAUUAUAACCUGUCAGCGUAUCGACUCUCCGUCGCUCAGAGCUGCUUUGUGCACUCUCAUCCUGACGGUGCCUUAAGAAUAGAUGAUGAAACAAUUUGAUAGUGGAGUCAAUUCAUGCCAAAAUGUGACAAAUUUCACAAUUGCUUCCAAACCAGAAAGAAGCAGUCUGUUCAGGAACAAAGAAACAACAACUCUGUUAGUGUGAGACGGCACAGGUUUUAUGUGGGAGAGUUUGAUUAACUCCUUCUAGUGAUGAUGUCAAAGUAUUAUUAAUAGACUUUAUUCUAGUUUUAUCACGUCUGGUUCAUUCAGAGGAUAAUGAUUGUCUUCAGUGAAAGGUUUAAAGUUAGUUAAAGUGUCUCUCUAACUGCACACGGCCUCUGUCCUGAUGUUGUCGUAUAAAUGUCAAAGAUCGAACUCUAACUCUUCUCUUGUUUAUUUGUUUCCCAGAACGUGUGUUUCAUCUUCCCUCAGUUCCUCUAUCAGUUCUUUUGCGGCUUCUCCCAACAGGUAUGAACAAAAACAUACACAAAAAACAGAUCACCAAAAUGAAACGGUGACAUGUAAAUGUUUUUAUUUCUUUUUUUUAUGUGCAGCCGCUGUACGACACAGCCUACCUGACUCUGUACAACAUCAGCUUCACCUCGCUGCCCAUCCUCCUCUACAGCCUCAUAGAGCAGCACAUCAACAUGGACAUCUUGAAGAAGGACCCGUCGCUCUACAGGUCAGUGUUUGAAGGUUUGACCUCUUUAUCUGGGGUUAAUUUCUGAUUUCUAAUCAUGUAUUUUGUUUUUCCUCACAGAGAUAUUGCCAAGAACUCUCUGCUGCGGUGGCCCAUCUUCAUCUACUGGACCAUCCUGGGUGUUUAUGACGCCGUUGUGAUGUUCUUUGGUGCUUAUUUUCUGUUCGACAACACCACCUUCACCAGCAACGGACAGGUAACACCCACACAUCCUCAAAACCCCCUUAAAGUCAGCCCAAGACGAUUGUUUGAAGAGUUUAAAACUUUUGUAAAAGUUUCUACAGGCUGAUUCAAAGUCACAAACUUUUAUAAACUGUGACAUCUGUGACAUUUUUCCUGUCGAUCUCUGUUUCCACUGUUUUUUUAAUUUCACUUUCUUCAUUCACAGCGAGCUCAAACUUCUUAAACACAUGUAUAAUUUUUUGAUAUGACUUAUUUUCCUGUUUUAACUUUUUUUAGAUCAAGUUAUCUCCAUUUUAUUGAAUAAUAAACCAGUUUUAAAGUCAAACCUCAUCAUUUUUUCUACUUUUGCUUCAUUGAAUUUGCUUUGGAAAUUAAAUUCUCAUUUUUACUUUGCAACAACAUUUUUUUUAUUUUAUUGACACUUUUUUUUAAUCCAUGCAGGCCCUUAGUUUGCUUAAAAAGGGGCUUUAAAAUGAAUGGAGGUGUUAUAAAAACACAGCAUGCUUAAGUGCAGUAACUAGUUAGAUAAAAUUCCUAAAAUAUCACCAUGACAAGUAAUUAAUCUAUUAUUUUUCAGCAAAAAUGAACUGGUCACAUUUAAAUGAUCUUGCCCAAAAAUCUUGAAUCACAUCACAUUUGUAAAAUCUGUCAAAAUAAUGAAGUUUUUUCCCCUAUUUUCCUGCUUUUCCUGAUCAGUAUUCGGUUAAUGUUACAGGUCCAAAACACCAGUGUUGGGUAACGUUACCUUCCUGCAUUGCUUAUAAGCUUAUAAGGAUUUUAAACAUGAACUUUAAUAGAAUAAAAUGAAGUUAUUUUUACUCUUUAAGAACAACAAGGAUAAGAAAAUGAAGUGUGGAAGAACAGGGAUUAGAAGUUUUCAUCUUCGGAUGAUUAUUUUCUGUAGUUCCCCUCGAGUUCUAACAGCACGGCAGGUUUUGACCGUCCUCUUCUGUGUUUUCUGUCAUUUAUUUUCAAAUUCUGCCAAAAAAGGCUGAUUUUCUGAUAUUUUUCUUUGUGAAUUAUUGUUUUAUUAUGAUUUUCUUCUUCUUUUUCUGGCCGUCUCCUCUGUUCUUCCUCUCCUCUUACCUUUGUGUUGCUUUUUCUUUUUGGCUUCUCUUUCCUCCUCCCAGCUAAUGACAACCAACACACAGAUGGUAAGCUGUCCCUGUCUCUCUCUCUCUCUCUCUCUCUCUCUGGCAUCUCUCCCCCCGUUUAAAACCCAACCACACGUCAUCUGUUCAUGUCAUGUUCAAGCCUUCCUGCUUGCCGUAGACACGCCGUCUGUAGGCCUCUGUGUCGUGAUCCAUACUCACCUCACUUUGACCGUAGAAAAGUAGCUGCACUCCUGCCUCCAUUACACGACAUUUGAGACUUUUAACAUCCUUUUAAUCCAAUCCUGCUUCAGUUUGUGGCUCUCCUCUGAGCCAUUCAGAUUAUUCUUUUUUCUUCCAAAGAGGUUGGUAAUGAUGUUUCCUGAAAGCCUCUUAAAUGUUUAUUGAAAGUUAAAAUAUCUCCUCAGUUAUGGAUUUUUAAAAAUUUCAAUGACAUGUAUUUCCUCUCCGCUCUAAAAAGGACAUUUUAGGGCUGAGUACCUCGGGGUCAGGUGGGUACACUUGGUACCCCAACAGAAGGAUGCCAUCUUCAUUACCAUCUCUAUUAUUCUACUUUGUUGCAGUCAGGAUAGAGUAUGAUGUCAAUCACAGAUCCACAACCUUGGAUCAAAAAAAUUUUUUGACUUCAUUACUGUCAUCGUUUCAUCAGUCAGUUUAAAUCUUGUAUUCAUGCAGCUUUUGAAAAUCUCCACCCUCAGCUUCUCAUGCUUGUCUUGAUGCUCUUUUCCCAUGUUAUUGAUCCUUUAACUCUGCUUUCAUGGAUUAACAUGAUUAAACAUCCUCACCACCAGGAUCAUAUCAGGUCUGAGAGAGCAUGCUGAGUUCAAACUAAGAUUUCAAAGCAAAGGAAGAAAAGACUUUAGUUUGUCCUCAAUGAAGCGAAAAUCAACUCAAAUAGAAAGAUCCUCACAGGAGCUUUGAAGAAUGUGCAGCAGGUCCAGAUAAUGACAGAGAAAUAAGACGAAAUUAUCAUUUAAACAUUAUUAUUAGUAUUAUUAUUGUUAUUAUUAUUACUAUUAUUAUUAUUAUUAUUAUUAUUAUUAUCAGUAGUAGUAGUAGUAGUAGUAUUACCAUUAUAAUUGUUGUUGUUUUUGUUGGUAUUAUUAUUAUUAUUUAUUUUAUUAUUAUUAUUGUUAUUAUUAGUAGAAGAAGUCAUAGCAGUAGUAGUAGUUUUGCUGUUGAUAUUAUUAUUAUUAUUAUUAUUAUUAGUAGUAGUAGUAGUAGUAGUAGUGUUGUUGUUGUUGUUGUUGAUGUUGUUGUUGGUGGUGGUGGUGGUAGUAGUAGUAGUAGUAGUAGUGCUGUUGUUGUUUUUGUUAUCAUUAUUAUUAUCAUUAUUAUUAUUAUUAUUAUUAGUAGUAGUAGUAGUAGUAGUAGUAGUAGUAGUAGUAGUAGUAGUAGUAGUAGUUGUUGUUGUUGUUGUUGUUGUUGUUGUUGUUGUUGUUGUUGUUGUUGUUGUUGUUGUUGUUGUUGGUGGUGGUAGUAGAAGUAGUAGUCGUAUUGUUGUUGUUAUUGUUAUUGUUUUUAUUAUUAUUAUUAGUAGUAGUAGUCGUGUUGUUGUUGUUGUUGUUAUUAUUGUUAUUAUUAUUCCAGUUUCUGUUGAUAUUGAAUGAGAUUCCUCUCAGUUGAAAUAAACUCCUUCAUCAGUCUUUUACUUUGCUGUCUGUUAAACCUGUGAUGCAGAUUUCCAGCAAGUUUGGGGUUUUAAAAAAGCACAAAUUUUGUCUGAAACACAAAAUAUUUCUUUCAAAUUCAGAAAAACUACAUGCAGCCUAACUUUCACUCGAACCUGCUGUUCUCUCAUGUUGUCCAAUCUUCAAAUUUGCACCUCUAGAUUUGUUGGUUUUUAUAAAUGGUAAACAAUGACGGGCAUUGACGUACAUUUAAACCAACACAAAAUGCCUCAUCAUCUCCCUGCUCCUCCUCCUCCAUCAGUCCCCCGAUGAUCUCACCUUCACAGUCUGAGCUCCCUGCCAUCUGCUGGAUUGAUUGAUUCUUUAUUUUCGUCUAUCAUAAAAAUAACACUGUGCCAUAUUUACUGAGGGAUUUUAUACUUUUAUUUCAAAAACGGCAGCUUCAUCUGAUUACACUACAUUUUAUAAAGAGCAGUUAAUAAACACUUGUUGUUUUUGUCAGAACAAAAGUAUCCAGAGGAAUUUAAUUUAAGCAGAAACAGUGUAUUUAAAAAUGCUAAAUUGAUCUCUUUUCAUCUGCAGAUGUUUGGAAACUGGACGUUUGGGACGCUGGUGUUCACCGUGCUUGUUUUCACUGUAACAUUCAAGGUAAAAACACACAAAUACAGAUGCACACGUGUAAUGUUUGCAGCAGUGAGGUCUGACAGCUGAGAGUUUCUCUCUCCUCUCUGCUGUAGCUGGCUCUAGACACGCAUUACUGGACCUGGAUCAACCACUUUGUCAUCUGGGGUUCGCUGAUCUUCUUUGUGAUCUUCUCUCUGCUGUGGGGAGGAAUCAUCUGGUAAAAAAGUUUAACUCAUUACAGUCAACUAAGACCUUCUGUCAGGCGCUUGGAAACGUGCCUUCCUGUAAACACAGCCUGGUGUGUGCGGGGAUCGUCUUUAAAGUGCGAUACAGACAAAACAAAACAAUCCCACUAGACAGGUGAUUGUUUUUCACAUUAAUGCUGUGGGUAAAUUUGCUAAUUUUAAUAAAGGGAAAACAGGCUUGACAUAAUUUAGACUAAUUUCGACUUACUCGUUACAACAUCAGUGGUUAUACUUCUACUUGAGUAAAUUUUAUUAAAGUAGCUGUUCUCUAACUGAAUUGAAAAACUUUAGCUCUCUUUUCAUCCCUUACUGAAGAUAGAAAUAACUCAUCAGUUUGAAAACUGAAGCACAUGCAGGUGCCUUUUACCUGCAUUCUUAUUUAUAACAAGCAGGGGGCAGCUCUGAGAGCAUAGACCAACUUCCUCCAGGAUUUACUACCUCAGCAAACAUGGUUCGAGCGCAGUGGUUCUCAAGUCUGGUCCUCGAGAUCCAAUGUCCUGCAUGUUUUGGAUGUUUCCCUGCUCCAACACACCUGAUUCAAAUGAUCAGCUCGUUAUUAAGCCAUUACAGAGCUUAAUAACGAGCUGAUCAUCUGAAUCAGGUGUGUUGGAGCAGGGAAACAUCCAAAACAUGCAGGACAGUGGGCCUCGAGGACCGGACUUGAGAACCUCUAGUGUGUUUGUAGUCUUAGUGUGUACUUUAAAUACAACAUGAUGUUAAUUUAGGGUCAAAGAGACAAGAACACAACUGAUUAUAUAUUUUGGUGCACGGAUAAAUAAGUUAUUAAAUUAGAAUUUUAAAAAAGACGAUUUUUUUUAUUUAUAAGAAUUAAUAUAUUGAAUACGUUUCAAACCCUUUGACAAAGGUUAAUAUAUCUGUAACAAUUAAUAUUUAGAUUAGGAUGACUAUAUUUUAAUUAAUUUAUGAUUGAUGUAAUUUUUUAUCAUGAUGCCCCUCUCUUCUUUUCUCUCCUCUCCUCUUUCUCAGGCCCUUCCUGAACUACCAGAGGAUGUAUUAUGUCUUCAUGCAGAUGUUAUCGAGUGGUCCGGCCUGGCUCAGCAUCAUCCUCCUGAUAACAGCCAGUCUGCUGCCGGACGUGGUGAAGAAAGUGAUCUGCAGGGCACUAUGGCCCACCACCACUGAGCGCAUACAGGUGGGUUAAAAAAAAAACAGAGUACUGAUGAGUUCAUGAGGCCAAACAACAGAUUUCUCUUUAGGAUUGUGGAAUAGGUAUAUCUACAGAGAAGUCUGUAAUAGUUAGAGACCAGGGGUCCGUUUCACGUAGGUGGUUCAACAAACUCUGAGUUAAAUCCUUAACUCUGAGUUGAUCUACUCUGAGUUAGGAAACUCUGAGUUUCCGGUUUCACAAUACCUGAUUUGAGACGGUUUUAACAACUCCGAGUAGUUUGACCUGGAGUUAAGCACGUGCACGCCAGACAUAAACAGCCAGCAUCUGUGGAGCGCAGAUUCAAUGAUCAACCAAUGGAAACAGGGAGAAGGAGGGGGCAGCAGCAAGCCAACAGCGAAUUACAGCACGUUUGUAAAAGAAAGUGCAAUACAGCAGCAGCUGCAAAGGAGAGGGAGAGGGCUUGGGAGGAAACCGCUGCUCGCGUCAAUGCGUAACUUUAAAUCUAGUCUCGUGCAAUCACAAUGACAGACUGUUGCAGGGAAACUGCUUGAAUCAUUUUGAUCAUGUUUUACAUUGUCAAGUAAGUAUUAAGUGGCAGUUUGAUCCCUUAGAAAAUGCUCUUUUCACACUCAAAAAUGAAUUUUACUCUCUUAUGAUGUUCCGUUAAAUGAUUAGGAAUAUUAAACCAACUCUCAGUAUGUAUAUGUACAUAUAUUAAACUAACACACACUACACUCAAUAUUAGACUUUCACUCAGCAAACAGAAAGAGGGCAGAUGCCAGAAAAACGGGUGGUGGCCCAGCAGCCCCACCUUUAACGGAGGCAGAGGAGCUGCCACCCCCCCCCGACGAUCGAAACCCCCACCUCGUAGCAGCGAUCGUCGGACUGGUGUGCGUGUGUGUGUGUCGGGAUUUGCGAUCGGACCGGCCGCGAUCGUCGAACGGGGUGGGGGGCAGCUCCUCUGCCUCCGUUAAAGGUGGGGCUGCUGGACCACCACCCGUUUUUGUGUUAGUUUAAUAUUCUUAAUCAUUUAACGGAACAUAAUAAGAGAGUAAAAUUCAGUUUUGAGUGUGAAAAGAGCAUUUUCUAAGGGAUCAAACUGCCACUUAAUACUUACUUGACAAUGUAAAACAUGAUCAAAAUGAGAAAAUGCCGAUGUCUCACCUGAAACUCUGGGUUUACUGAGUUAAACCUGCUCCCGAGCAGGUUAGGUUCACGGAGUCUGUUACUGUGGUAACUGACCGCGAGGUUGAGUUACCUCUCUUUGUGAAACAGGUUAGAGUUACCCCUCUCUCCCUGAUUUAACUAACCCUCCUUUGUGAAACGGAAAACUCAGAGUUUCCCUGAUUUCAGGGUUAACAAACUCGGAGUUUCCACUAAACCUGCUACGUGAAACGGACCCCAGAAGAUUGUGGAUUUAUGUACAGCCCCCUCUGCUGGAUGUGUUCCAUAAAUGCAUUUAGCCUUCACUUAAAAUCCCUGUAUUCUUCUGUAUGUAUGACUGUGGGUCAUCAGGUGUGCGUUGGUUUUGGAUACGUCCCUUCUCUGCUGGAUGUAAGUCAGUAAAUAACUCUGACUCUGUGUGCAGUGUUCCUUUAUUUCCAACCAAACACAGAGCUCUGCGGGGCAGUCAAACAGCUGUAUGUCACUUGGGGUGCAGAUCUUCUUCCCCACAGAUACACUCAAUAUGUUUUUGCACACAGUUUUUCACGAUGGGAAUAUUCACAGUGGUACUUCUUAAUUGCUUUUGUGUAUCAGUGAAAAUAUUAACCACUUAAGAAUAUUUGGAGCCUCUCAAAUGUGUUUGUGUCUCUGUCUCCUCGGUUGUCUGUACAUCCUUGAACUUUCCUUUUUCCUUAACUUUCCUUUGAAGUCUUAAAAGCUCAAAACUAAUCUGUUAUAACUCGUCUUGAUCCUCUGCUAAAGACUCCUCUUCUAAUUAUCAAACAAUAGGACAUCUUCUAACUCUCUCCUGCUCCUUUUAAAUCCUGAUCCCACUCCUUCCUCUCUCUUCUUCUGGAUUUCCCCCCACGGCAGAAUAAGCGCCGGUGUCUCGCCUCUGAGCCCUCCACCAUCUUUAUGCUGUCUCAGACUUCCAGCAGAAUGAGUUUCUAACCUGCUCUCCUCCAGGUGACCCUCUGCCUCCCCCCUCCUGACCCUUAACUGACACGUUUUCACAUUUUUAUUUUCAUUUUUCUCUUUCAAGUUUCUCCUUCCCCGUCAUGUUCUGCAUGAAGUGAGCUGUUUCGUUGCAUGCAUCAUUAAGAAUCAAACGUUAUUUUCCUCCCCACAUGUUUAGUUUUAUUGUGUUCAUUGUGUUUGUCCCUGGAUGUGUGUGUGUGUGUUUGCAGCAUGUGAGUGAUGAGAAAGAGUUUGAGAGGGCGCUGGCCUACCACAGCUCUGACUCUUUACUGGAAGACAUAGCUGACACAGAAACUUAAGAGAGCUGCCGUACGGUAAUACACACCCUGCCUGCCUGAGUGUGUGUGGGUGUGGGUGUGUGUGUGUGAGUGAAGUGGUUGGACUGGUGGGUGGUGUUAACAUCAGUAUAUUUUGCAGUGGUGUGGUGUCACAGGUUUGGGACUCUAACACACGUCUCUUAGUUUGUUUUUGAGGGGUUUUAUUUCAUUUCAUUUGCUUACAUGGAGCGGUGGCGCCCCCCUGUGGAUAAAUGCAGCAUUACUGUAAAGUCAGACGACGUGGGGCUGAACUUCUAUGCACGUUUCUGAGUCAGUUUUCAUUUUGCAUGGUUUGUUUGAGCUCUUUGGUGUUUUUAUUCAUCAGACUGUGCUUCUAUUUUGUCUCUUCGUUUCUUGACGUUUGCCUGGGUUGCGUUGCUUGUUUCUGAACAGAGUGGAUGAGACGUUAUUUUCACAGCUGGCAGAAUAAGAUUAUUCAUCAUGACGUUAAAAUUAGGGCCCGAUCGAUUUAUCGGCGAGCAGAUUAAAUGUAAGACUAAUCGGCCAAAACUCGCCGAUUUUCGCCGAUAUUUUCAGAAAUAAAAUGCAGAGAAUAAGAUUUAGUUUCACUUCGAAAUCAACUAACUACCUCACAGCACAGCAGAGUGACGGAUCUGAAGCAGGCAGGAGAGUGGUCCGCCUCAACGGUAAAUAAACCAGUUUGUGAAAUACACAAUAAGUCAACAAGUUUCAGUUUAACCCACUUUACCAUGUUCACCGCUAUGCUGGUCUCGGUCACGCCGAGUUAACGGUGAAGCACCAUGUAAUAUGCAAGCUAAAGUUAGAGUUAGCCACCUGCUAUUAGCCUUGCUACACUGUUAGCCAGUAACGGUAGAAUAAACAACAGUACACAUUAGUGAUCGAGCUACUUCUCGACAGAUCGACAUUAGACAGAUAUCUGCAGUAUAUAUAUAUGUAUAUGUAUAUUAUAACUUAAUAAAAACAUUUAAAAAUCGGCCGAUUAAUCGGUAAUCAGAUUUCCCCCCAUCCCUAACAGUAUUGGCAUCGGCCCCAAAAAAUCCAUAUCGGUCCUAGUUAAAAUGUACAGUAAGGUUAAAUUAAAGCGGGGGUUCUUAUACCCAUGCUUCCAGGCUUUCUGACACAUUUAAAAUUCUGUCCAGCUGGGAUUAAAACGUCUCCUUCACCUCCAAUCUUCAAGACUCCAAGUUUAACAGUUUUUCUGUGUUUCUUCUUCGUCACUCCUCCCCUGUCUACACCUGUUUGUUCUCCUUUCUUAUCGCAGAACGCUGAUAAACUCUACAAAGGCCAGCUGUCCGAGUUCUCCCCCCUGGCAGCUCUCCACGCUCCAAACAAGGCGUCCAGUCAGCGGCGAGGCUCAGGCCCUCAGAGGAACAUCCAGAACCCCCGCAGGUCUGCAUCCUUUACCAAGAAAACCAUGUUCACACGUUGGCAGGAAACGCCAAACUACAGCACCUUCAGCCCCCUCCUCCGAUUUGCUGACGGCUCAAAGCAGGGACACGCCUACAACGGGGCGGGGCCUGACACUUCAGUUUAA